GUAAAUAUACUGUACCCCCCUGUCUCUCUCUCUCGCUCAUCUAUCUAUCUAUCUAUCUAUCUAUCUAUCUAUCUAUCUAUCUAUCUAUCUCUGGCCUUUGGGACUCUCUCAAGCCACACUCCCUCCUCAGCCACAUCCACUGUCCCCAGGCCACACACCUUAGCCUGCUUCGCACCCUUCCCUGAAUGCUUUUCCCUGGUCCUUGAAUGAGUCCUUGAACUCUGAUUCUGCUUUUCACCUGCCUGAGUUGGGGGACAGAGAGUGGUUCACAGAUAUGUGUAGAAAUGAGCCCAGCAUACAAAGGUAAAAAUUAGCACUCGCUGAUCUUCCCGCGUUUGGCCUGGCCUACAUCAAACGUUUGCCCGGAAGGGAAUAAUACGGCCUUUGGGCUGAAAAACAUCAACCCCACCCCCCGCAAUUAUAUUAAGAAGAGCAGGAGUUAACCAACAUUUUUUGUAAAAUAGACAAAGGUUUUUGUUGUUGUGUUUAUUCUGCAAAGAAUACUUGUCAGCCUGAAUUAUGCUGACAUUUAUCUUUUGCCCCUCCCUCCCUCCCACCUUGUCCCAUUAAUAAUAAUAAUAAUAAUAAUAAUAAUAAUAAUAAUAAUAAUUUUUUAUUUAUACCCCGCCCUUCCUGGUUCAAAAACCGGGCUCAGGGUGGCUAACAACAAAUUUAAAACACUUAAUUAUAAAAGCAGCAUAAAAUACAGUAUAAAAACAUGAAUAACAAUGAAAUUCAAAAAUCAAAAAUCAAUUAGAUAAUCCCCAGGGUUAGCUGGCUGAAUUGGUCCUGUAGCCUUUCAGGCCUUUCCCAUGGGUAGGAUGAGCAUUGCUCCCGGGGAAGGGAGGAAGGAGUCAAACAGACAACGAGGGCUUAAUUCAGAGAAAGAGUCUUUAUUCCUGCUAGCCGGAGUAGCAGAAAGGAACCUGUGUUCACAAGCAAGUUCACCUGAAAGCAUUUUACAUUCAGUUUAUAUCCCUUUUUUCAGGCCCUUUUCCUUCCCUCCCCUUUCCCAGGGAUCCAGCCUCACGAGUUUGCACAGGUAUGUUGGCAGAAACAAUCUCCAUUUAUGAUGAAUAGAAUUGUUUCUAUCUGGUUCUCCUGGCGCCAUUCCCGGGGUCUGUGCGCCAGCGCUGAGAAGGUUGCAAAGUUGGAUAUGCUGCUGGCAAGACCAACUGAAAGCCUGGGAAACAGAAAGCUUCGUUCUCUCAGCUUCUUUUUGUUACAGCAUAGCAAAUGCUUUUUAGCUACUGAAUCCUCAAAGAAAGUAAUUGGGAAGUCUUGAGGCCUAGUUGAAGUUUUGAGGCCUAGGUGGGGUGACUUCACAGUCAGGUUUGGGGAAACCCUCCCUUCAGUCCUACUUGGGCCAGCGAGGAGACCAGGGGAGAAUUAGCUGUGGGGUCUCAGAGCGGGUGAUCUUCAUAAAAGGGGAGGGGGAGGGAAGAGAAGGGAAAUAAAAGUUCAGGCUGAAUUCAAAUUAAAGGCCAGGUGGAAUAGGUCUGUCUUACAGGCCCGACGGAAGGAGGUUAAAUCCUGAAGGGCCCUGGUUUCAUGGGACAGAGCAUUCCACCAGGUCGGAGCCAUCACUGAGAAGGCCCUGGCCCUGGUGGAGGAUGGUCUGACUUCCUUAGGGCCCGGGACCUCUAAACUAUGGUUAUUCAUGGACCUUACGGUCCUCUGCGGGGCAUACCAGGAGAGGCGGUCCCGUAGAUACGAGGGCCCUAAGCCACAAAGGGCUUUAAAGGUCAAGACCAUUGUUUUCUCCCCCACCCCCAGAAUUCAUAUGGUCAUCCUCCAGGGCAGCAAUCUUUUUUAAAAAAUAUUUUUUAAUGAAUUUCAGCACCAUGAAGAUUUCAAUAUUGACUGAGGGUGGCUGAGGGGGAGGCAGUGGGCAGAGGCCAGCCCCAUGUUGCUUUUUUGGGUGGGGAGCCACUUCAUCCCUCCCAGCAGAGACACCGUGGCUCAGGCUCACUGCAGGCCCAGUGCCACUCGCAGGGUCAACACAUGCCAGUUGCGCCCUUCUCAGCUGCCCUCUGGCAUGGGGUGGUGGGGGACCCAGCAGCUCAGCGCCCUGCAAGCACAGCCCCAGGCCGGGCUACUUUGGGGAGUGGGAUGCCGUGCUCUGAAGUGCCUUGACUUGGGUGUCACCUUGGGCUCCAGCAUGCUGCCCCCAAGGUAAGUGCCGCCCAGUGCACCCCGCCCCCCCCAGCUAUGUGACUGCCCCCACUUCAACCCUGAACAAUUUUUUCAAUUGUUUAUUUUUCUUUAUUGAAAGUUCAAAAAGUACAUAAUUAUAUGUACACUAAACAUAAAGGGAAAGGGAAAGGGACCCCUGACCGUUAGGUCCAGUCACGAACAACUCUGGGGUUGCGGCGCUCAUCUCGCUCUAUAGGACGAGGGAGCCGGCGUUUGUCCACAGACAGCUUCCGGGUCAUGUGGCCAGCAUGACUAAGCCGCUUCUGGCGAACCAGAGCAGCGCACGUAAACGCCGUUUACCUUCCUGCUGGAGCAGUACCUAUUUAUCUACUUGCACUUUGAUGUGCUUUCGAACUGCUAGGUUGGCAGGAGCAGGGACUGAGCAGCGGGAGCUCAACCCAUCGCAGGGAUUCGAACCACCGACCUUCCGAUUGGCAAGCCCUAGGCUCACUGGUUUAUUUUCUUUCCAAUUUUUUUUAUUGAUUUUCCACAUUUAUCACAAAAUGACAUAACAAAGAAACACAAAACACACAACAAAGAAAAACACAUUACAAUACAAUAAAAUUAAACAUAAAAAUAAAUUAUUUCUUCUAAUACCUAAUUUUCAUAACAUUGAUAGCUGACUUCCUCGAAUCCCUCUAACUGAAUUUCAUUAUAUCACAUUUAUAACAAUUCUCCAAGUUCAUAUUUCUAAUAAUAUUAACUCCUUUCAUUUACUUAUCUCUUCUCCUUUAUUAAUCUUCUAAUCCUUAAUGUUUACUACCACAUAUCCUUAUUCUACCCCUAGACCUAUUUGUUACUUCCAAGUAGGCUCAGUGGUUUAGACCACAGCGCCACCCGCCACUAAACAUGGUGAGACGUAAAUAAAAGACAGAGAAAGAAAAAGAGAAACAGAACCUGUGUAGAAAGGAAAAUAAAGAGGGGAAGGGGACCCAAAGCUGUAUACUUUACAAGGUUGUUAUUGUAGUCCACCGGAUCUUAGAAUAUACUUGACCCCGUCAUGUUUGUUUAAAAAAGAGCUAUCUAAGGCAUCUAACUGUUGGAGAUGCAACAGGGAUAAUGCUUCUCUAAAACACAUGUGUGGUUUUUUUCCAUUGUCCUAUAUUGAAAUAUUUUUGGUAGAGGGUAACUGAAACUAUCAACAGAACUGCAAGGAACGACUUUACAUUUACAGAGCAAAAUAUCCUUUUGAAUUAUAUUCCCAGCACAUGGAACCUUACAAAAGGACAAUAUGAGUGGACUCUCUGUGCCCUUUCCACAGCAAAAAGACUGAUACUGAUGAAUUGGAAAAAAUAAAAAUGCGUCUCCCUUCUAUGAUUGGACUGAAGACUUAUACAAACUCAAAAUAUACAAACAACUUGCAUAUAAACGCAGACUUGCCAUGGAGAAAUUCAAUGAUAUUUGGAAUCCAUUCUUACAAAUACUGUAAUAGGUUAACCCUGAACAUUUUUUAAAAUAAAAAGAAACAUUGACUCAGGAGAUAGAUCUACAUUUAUUGUUUGUUUGUUUGUUUGUUUGUUUGUUUGUUUGUUUAUCCCCAGAUGGCUGAGUCUAAAAAUCACUAGGAUUGAGGAGGCAUCAAAGGAAGGCUCUAUCUUACCUUAAUUCUCUGCUUUGAAUCGGAAGCUGAUCUACAGUUGGUUGUCAACAGAUUACUUGGUGAGAUCUAGGAAGAGGAGAAAAUGAUGUGUGACUUAUGACAGAUCUUCAGCCUUGACAAUUGAAGGAGCAUUGCCAUAGGCCUCUGCUCUCCUGAGGCUGAACGCCAUUUGGCUUAGCCAAUACGCAGCACAGCAUUGCGGGAAGCCAGCAAAUCGCCACUGCUUGUAUCCCUACUGGCCUCAAAGUUCGUAAGUCUUGUGAGAACUGGGAAGAAGGGAAGGAAGUCUACUCAAUACCAACCUAAAAUUGCAGCAAGGAGGUUCUCUCUUUCUUUCUUUGCUGCAUUUCAAACCACAUUGGCGCCUUGUUGUACACAUCAGCACAGUUUGAUGUGUAUACAAGGGCAUAUUCACAGUAAUGGUGCAUUUCACAGCUCCCCCCCCACCAGCUGUUCACAUCAGCAUGGCUUCAUUAGUGUCAGAUUCAUUUCUUUCGGCCUACACACCAGGAGGCAUUAAUGGGGAUUUCUUCCCCACUAUGCAAAUAUGUCCUAAUAGUGGUACCUCAGGUUACAGACGAUUCAGAUUGCAGACGCUUCGGGUGACAUACGCUUCAGGUUACAGAAUCCGCUAACCCAGAAAUAGUACCUCGGGUUAAGAACUUUACCUCAGGAUGAGAACAGAAAUCGCGUGGCGUCAGCAGGAGGCCCCAUUAGCUAAAGUGGUACCUCAGGUUAAGAACAGGACCUGCGGAACGAAUUAAGUUCUUAACCAGAGGUACCACUGUACUAUAGCUAGAGAUGAACAAGGAAUGGCUUAAGGCAGAGGUUUUGAACUUUUCUAAAUCCAACUGCAGCUCCCCUGUGGGGCUCAGGAGCCCAGUUAUGUCACCCCUUGCCUGCAGGGCCGGUAGUCCCUCACCCCUUUUCAGAUACACUCCCUUGUAGAGGGUUCCCUCAGCUUCCUCUCCUCUGUCCUCUUCUUGGGAGUCCUCUGGGCAGUCACCACUGCUGCCCCGGUCUCUGAGCUGGCCCCCACCCCAAAGAGAAGUGCCUUCUCACACCACCCCACAGGGGGCUGUGAAGAGGAUGCCCCCAGCCUUAGUGGCUCAACAGAGACUGGCCAAAGGUAGACGUGAGGCCAGCAUUUUACCUUGGGAGGCGGCAGCGGCAGCAGUGGGCAUUGCCAGGCCUGCAAAGUGGAAAGGCUCCCCUUCAGCACCGGGCACUCAGCUCCCACAGCAAGCACACAAAAGGCCAGCGUGGCAUCUGCUUGCCUGGCCUCCCACUUGUCUGUCCAUUCCCAACAGCAAGGGCUGGCGGACCGGCUGGCUGGGCUCUCUCACCCACUUGCUUGCUUACUCCAAGACAGCCUCGGCUCCUGGCAACCAGCACCCCCUGGCCAGCCCCAGAGGCACCAUUCUCCUGGGGAGCUUGCAGCCAGGGCUGCUGCAACAAACAGCUGCACAAGCCUUUGGGAGGCAGACCUGCAAGAGGAGGGAGGGAAGGAAAGAGGGACAGAGGCCGAUGUUGCCAGCAGCACCCCGACCAUCAUUCAAGGCACCCGAGGGUGCCAUGGCACAUUGGUUGAAAACCACUGACUCAAGGACUGCAAUUGGUGCUAGUUUGGGAAGCAAUGCAUACAACAGCAGGAUGUCAUAACCAAGGCCGUCUUACCCAUAGGUGCUAGGGGUGCAGGGCACCCGGGCUCUGGGCUCUCAGGGGCACCAGGCUGGGAAGAGCCCGCCCACCGGUCGGAGUGCCGCAGUGGGCUCUUCUGCUGUGGGCGGAUCUGCACCACGAGUUUGGGGGCAACCGAGCCAGCAAGAAGCUGAGGCGGCUGGCCGGCUCCACUCUCCUGUGCACCUGGGACUGGGCAACCGGGGGGGGGCAAUGGGUGGAUUUUUACACCCCGGCGCCGCAUAUGCUUAAGACAGCCCUGGCCAUAACAAAGUACGGGAUACAUAUGCAAUUGGAAUGAUGUUGUGUGAACAUGAAUUAACACUCCCCCCACACUGGAAACACAGUGAGUGGACAUUAAACGGGAGUGUGAACAGAGCCUAAGUCACCUGCUUUAUGUCCACACCAGAGGGCUCACUUUUUCUUCACCCUAAUUUAGAACCAAAUUGUGGUAGGGGUUUUUUUGAGAGGGAGUGGAAGAAUGCAUCAAAGCGCAGUGUUUCACAAGAAACUGCAGGAUAGGUGCGGAAUUUGUAUACACAGCUAACCAAACAAGUUAGUGCUGGAUGCACUGUUGUUGUUGUUUAGUCGUUUAGUCGUGUCCGACUCUUCGUGACCCCACGGACCAGAGCACACCAGGCACUUCUGUCUUCCAUUGCCUCCCGCACUUUGGUCAAACUCAUGCUGGUAGCUUCAAGAACACUGUCCAACCAUCUCGUCCUCUGUCGUCCCUUUCUCCUUGUGCCCUCCAUCUUUCCCAACAUCAGGAUGCAGCCAGAUAUGAGCUGUGGCUUUGUGCUGGUCCCGGGGGGGGGGGGUUACCGUGAGGCGUGGUCAGAGUCUGGUCCUGGGCUGAGGGUCUGGAGACUGUCCACCAAGGGGGAAACAGGGUCCAAAGCAAGAAGCCGGGCGUGGUCGGGAACUCUGGAAAAACAGGUCUGGGUGCUGGCAGAAACAGGUUUCCAACGUCAUUGCUCCCGCAACCUGGGACUGGGCUGACUGGCCUUUAUCUCCUCUGGGGCCUAGGGCGGUCCCGGCCCACAGGUGACUCGCCUCUCCUGGCCUUAAGGCGAGCACUCCUCCUGAGAGAACCUAGUUCCCUCUGCCUCUCUGCCCUGAGCCUCUGCAGCUCAGGAGAGGCUGGAGGGUUACUGGACCCAGAGGCAGCCUCACCUUCUCCUGACAGAGCUGGGAGAGGAGCACCUGCAGGCAAUGGGUCCUCAAUCACCUCCGGAGCCAGAGUGGAUUCAUCUGGUGUCUGCUCCUGAGGAUUCGGCACAGGUGCAGGCCCUUCAGAUUCAAGCCCCUGCCCCGCCUCCCCUGGAGGCGGGGACUCCUGUGCAGGCUGGGAUUCCUCCGGUUCAGCCUCUGAAUCAGAUUCCCAGGCCAUAACAGGCUUAUUCCCAUCCUCUUUCUCUUUCGCCUUUUGGUGUUAUCUGUUGCUAGUAUAGAAAAGGGAGGGAGGUUUGUGCAGUGGAUGCUUGUGGGCUGCAAUUCAUGCUGCUCAAGGUGAGAGUCUGGAUGAGGUGAAGACUGACUGAACCAUGUUAAUAGAGCUGUGGUUUGUUAUUUGGCCUUUCUAAUGGACCUUGGUGUGUGUGUGGGUGGGUGGGUGUUCUGUUCCUCCUCUGGAGUUGAAAACAUCCAGUGAAAAGUGGGUUAUAAUUGCUCCUAAUAAAUGUCUUCUGGGCCAGGCCAGAAUAUAAAGCAGGUUAAGGAACAGCUGGAACUCUUAUCUUUGGACAGUAAAUUACAUUUUAGUCUUGCCAAAGGCCAGGAGUUCUUUCUGCAUUCACACACCCUGCAACCAGAUGAGCAAGAGCCAUUUUCGCAUUUCGAUGACAUGUUCCAGUUAGGCAAAAGAGCUUGAGGAGGGUGUCCUCCCCCCAUCCAGACCUCUUCCUUCUUCAGAGCUUUCUCUGUCGCUUAUGGCAGGGAGGUCCUUGACACUUUGUAUUUAUAUAUUUCGGCUCUUUAUAUAACAAUCACUGGAUUAUUAUUAUUAUUGCCUCCUCUUUUUUCUUCCUCUUCUCUUCUUCCUUCCCCUUCCUCUCCUCCUCCUUUUUCUUCUCCUUUUUCUUCUCUCCCUUUUUCUUCUCCUCUUCCCCCCCUCCUUUCUCUUCCUUCUCCUCCUCCUCUUCUUAUUCUUCCCCCUCUUCUUUUUCUCCUCCUCCUUCCUCCUCCUCCUCCUCCGAUGUAUUAUUCACUCGCCACAUAAGGAAUCUGCAAGUGACUUACAAAACUUUGAAAACUUCAAAAGCAUAAAUCACAACAUAAAAUCAGAAAAAGCACAAUGCAUUGCAACGAAAUCCACACGAUAACCUUUAAAAAAACUGCAAGAACUUCAGCAGCAGAGCAGAAACAAAUGACAGUAAGAUUAUCCGACUCCGUCAAAUGCAUGGGAGAAGAAAUAUGGUUUUGCCUGGCUUGAGGUAGGGAUGGGAGAGGGCAAAGUGGAUUCAGUUCUCAUGUGAGCUCCCUGAUCUGCACUUUCUGAAACAAUUCAUGAACCAAAACACAGACAUAUUUUGGGAAUUUGCACUUUUCUGAAUUUUGCAGUGUCGCUCUUCAGCUGAGUGUUGUGUGCAAAAUUGCAUAGACUUGAGCAAAGUAUGCCUAGAAAUGGAUUACUUUGGGGAAAAUGCAUUACAGAAAAUAACACUGUGCAAAGAGUGUGUCUAUUAUGCAAAACUGCAUAGAUAAAUGUGCGUAUUAGAAGCAAUUCAAACUAAAAUGCUGGUGGAUUUUGAGGACUUUUUUUCCCUUUUUUUUCAAGAAUUGCAAACUGAUGUGAAGAACUGAAGAGUGGACCGGGCCAGACUAAGAGAGAGCGGACAGGACAGAUUUCCCCACCCCUAAAGCCAGGUAGACCUCAUUAUAGAAUCUAUAUCUGUCACACCGAAGUUUAGAAAUGAUUUGGAGUCGAGGGGAACGAAGGAAAGGGAGAGGUGUGAUGCGUCUUAGGGAUAACAAAAGGUUAGAUUCUGUUUUCCCUGCCGAUUAGGUUCUUACUCUUAAAAUAACGAAUUGAUUUUAUUUUAUUUCUAGAAAUCAUUUUUUGUUUUAUUUGUAGAAUAAAAUAAUUUCAUUUCUAGAAAUAACUAGAAAUUACUACCCCAGAUGGCUCCCCUCCCCUAAAAUAAGCCCUUUGCAGGUACCUUUGAGUUUCUCUUCUGAGUGGGAAGGAGGGUCAGACAGAUGCGAUGUGAAGGGUGUGAAGAUUAAGCUCUGUCCUUACUGCUUCUCUGGCGCUGAAAACAGUGAUAAUAAAACACCUUUGGUCCCUUCCCUGAGCAUGGUCUAAGUUUCGAAUUCCCCAAAAUGACGUUCCUGACUGAUAUCCAGCACUUGCGAAACAUCCACACAAGCCUCUGGCAGUCUACCAGUAGGGGAUGUGCAGAUCAAGAGAUGGAGAGAGAGGGACAGAGAGACAGAGCGAGAAGGAGAAGGAGAAGGAGAGAGAGAGAGAGAAAGAGAAGGAGAAGGAGGGAGAAAGAGAAAGAGAAAGAGAGAGAAAGAAAGAGAAGGAGAAGGAGAGAGAGAGAGAGAGAGAAGGAGAAGGAGGAGUUUAAGCAAAGAAGUGGGGUGAAAGUCAAUCAUCUUGAGGAAUUCUUUUUUUAAAUAAUAUUUAUUAUUUUUCCAAAAACUUAAACACUAAAAAGAAGAAAAACAAUACAAUACAACACAUCAAAUUAACAAAACAAGACAAAGACAAUAAGAUAAAUCAAACAAUUUCAUUAUCCCAUCUUUCAUUCACUUAUUUCCACGACCUCCUCACACCUCCCUUUUUGUAUUCCACUUCUGUUAAUUAUUUCAACAAUUCCUUUCCAUCUUCCUCUGUUUUCUAUCCUAUAAUUAUCUUAACUCAUUCUAACCUUAUUUUUUCCUUUAAUGCUCUAUUAACCUAUCUGUACUUAAUUCCUUAUAAUAUUUCUACUAAAGCCAUAUAACUUCAUUCCAACAUUUUUUCUAGCAUUCAUUAAUUUUACAAUAUUUCUGUAGAUAGUCUUUAAACUUUUUCCAAUCUUCUUCCACCGACUCUUCUCCCUGGUCUCGGAUUCUGCCAGUCAUUUCCGCCAGUUCCAUGUAGUCCAUCAGCUUCAUCUGCCAUUCUCAUCUUGAGGAAUUAAGGCCAUUGCAGAGCUAGGAUGUGUGAGUCUACAACUUGCACAGACCUCAUAGCAGUUCCUUCGCUCACAACUGCGCACAGCUACCAGCUGCAUGGGGUGUUAGUGGGGGGUUAGUUCCUCUGGCGGGGGACACAUGCUCAUGCCACGACCCUUCCAGGGAAAAAGCCACUGGUAGUGCUGGGUGGGGGACGGGUGCCCCCCCCAAAAGACAUUACUAAAUACUGCCAUUGCUAUUUCUCUACUUUUCAUUUAAUGCCUUUCAAAAAAGAAAGAGAAAUAUGGCGCCUUUUUGGUAAGGUCGCACUUUGCACGUGGUCAUGUGGUCAUGGCCAGUGCUCCCCCCCCAAUAAAAUGUUUAAGGGUACUCUCAUUUUCCUACUCAUAUUGAAAUACUGCCCCCUCAAUGAGGCCAAACUUAGAUUUGCAAAGUGUUUAGGGGUAUGCGUACCCCUGCGUCCCCCCCACCCCGAGAAAAAGCACUGGUCAUGGCUAAUCUUCUGCCCUCAUUUGCGGAGGCGAAGCUGUUUCCUAGCAAAUGGCACUCUGCAUACAGACGGCAUCUUUUAAUAGGGAAAAAUGGUCCCGGUACUCACCAGGAAGUUGUUAUAGUACCGUAUUUUUCGCUCCAUAAGACACACUUUUUUCCUCCUAAAAAGUAAGGGGAAAUGUCUGUGUGUUUUAUGGAGCGAAUGGUGGUCCCUGGAGCCGAAUAACCCAGGGGCGAAAAGCAGAUCGUGCUUUUUUUUUUUAGAAAGAGGGAAGGGGGUGUUGAAACAGAGCCGCUGAGCAGCUGAUCGGCAAGUGAUUGGGAGGGAGAUAAGGGACUCUAGCGAUAAAGGAGGCUGCCUGGGAGGGGGGAGGUAAAGACAGUGAACUUGCUAGGAGAGGAGACAGGAACACUAAAACAAGCAAUGAGGAGAGAAGUUAGAAGAAAAGGAGGAGCAAAAAACUGCUCCAGCUAAGGAAAACAAGAGGGAAGGGGGUGUUGAAACAAAGCCGCUGAGCAGCUGAUUGGCAAGCGAUCAGGAGGGAGAUAAAGGAUGCUAGCGAUAAAGGAGGCUGCCUGGGAGGUGGGAGGAAAAAGCAGGAUUUUUGCACUGGGUCACCCCAAAUUCACCAUCAGAUCACAUAGCAUGUCCAUGGCUACAGCCUGCACCAAAAAAAUCACACAUCCACUGUUUCGUGGGGCUGCAAAAACGUGGUUACAAAGCACGGCUCCACAUGGAUUCUCAGGAUUUUUGCAUUGGGCUAGCCCAAACUCACCAUCAAAUCACAUGUCUGUGGCCACAGCAUGAACCACAAAAAUCAUACAUCCACUGUUUCUUUCAGAAUAUUUUUUUCCUUGUUUUCCUCCACUAAAAACUAGGUGCGUCUUAUGUUCGGCGCCUUAUGGAGCAAAAAAUACGGUAAGUGCCACACUCUUAACAUUUUUGGGGGAAAGGUACAUGUACUGCGUACCCUUGAGUAACCCCAGAAAAGAAUGUUCAUUAUGCACGCAGUAUGCAUGUUCAAUAUGCAUGCAACCAUCCGCCACAAACUUUGAGGUGACUAGAAAAAGGGCAAAAGCAGUCUUAAAAGGGUGCAGAAAGGGCAAAAAUGGCAUGAAAACAGUGUCUAGCAAUCCCAUGAGCCUUUGCAAGUGCAAUCCCAGGAGCCAUUGCACUGAUGGUUGAGGCCUGUGGAGAGUUGGAGAGAAUUUGAGCAAGGAGGUUUGGAGGGAGCCACGACCACCAUUCAUGCCAGUCCUCUAAGUGCUACUGGUUUUUUAAAAGGUUAUUCUAGGAUUUUUAGAGGUUUAGAGGGUGUUUGCAGGACUUUUCAAUGGGUGUUCCCAAUAUAUGUGAUUUCACUGCCUCGGAACAUGAUCCCCACGUAAAAUGGUCGUCGCCUCUAACUGUGGGGAUAGGAACCACCGCUUUUGAUAGGAAAAUGUAUGUUUUUCUUCCAUACAAGAAAAAGGGAGUUAAGAAGCCUCCGUGGUAUGCAUAGCAAAAGCAAGAGAGUAGGGGCUGGAUUGGAGAAUGCGGGCAUCGAUCCCGCUACCUCUCGCAUGCAAAGCGAGCGCUCUACCAUUUGAGCUAAUUCCCCAGUUGCCUGGUUCCAUUGGCCCAGACAUACACAAAAAGAGGCAGAUCUCAGAAAGGGUGCAGAAAGUGACUGAGGGAGGAUUUGUUGUUGCUCGUGGGUGUGGCCAGGAUUUAUGAUAGGGGGGAGCCCAAAAAGUUUUUGAGCUUUUUUUGGGGGGAGAGAUCGACCCAAAAAAUUGUUGCCCUUUUUUUGGGAGAUCACAGGUAAAAACACCCCCCCCCAAAAGAGGACAUUACAGGGGGCAGGCUUCUGCUGGGGAGGGGUAGAAGCUCAGUCAAUUCAGUAUUUUUGGUGCUUUUCUAUACUUUUUGAGGUACCGUAUUUUUUGCUCCAUAAGACACACCUGACCAUAAGGCACACCUAGUUUUUAGAGGAGGAAAAAAAUAUAUAUAUUCUGAACGAAACAGUGGUUCAAGCUGUGGCCACAGACAUGUGAUCUGAGGGUGAAUUUAGGGUGACCCAAUGCAAAAAUCCUGAGGAUCCAUGUGGAUCCGUGCUUUCUAGCCACGUUUUUGCGCCAUUGCGGCCCCAGGCAACAGUGGGUGCGUGAUCUUUUUAGUGCAGGCUGUAGCCAUGGACAUGCUAUGUGAUCUGAUGGUGAAUUUGGGGUGACCCAAUGUAAAAAUCCUGAGGAUCCAUGGGGUUUUACCUCCCCCCUCCUUUAUCCUUUAUCGCUAGCAUCCCUUAUCUCCCUUACUGAUCAGCUGCUUCCUUUCAACACCCCCUUCCCUCUUGUUUGCCUUAGUGUCUUUUCCUUAGCUGGAGCAGUUUUUUGCUCCUCCUUUUCUUCUAAUUUCUCUCCUCAUUGAUUUGGUCUUCCAAAUGGCAAUUCGGCUCCAGGGACCACACAUUCACUCCAUAAGACGCACAGACAUUUCCCCUUACUUUUUAGGAAGAAAAAAGUGUCUUAUGGAGCGAAAAAUACGGUAUGUUGUUGUUGGCAUCCAUCCAUCUCAGGAGACAAUGAAAAAGUGCGCCAUUGGGAGGGGGCAUCAAGCUGUUGAACGGAUGCAGCGCCUAUUGGAGCUGUAGGGACCAAUACAGGAGAGACAGGCAUCCAGUUGUGCUGACGCAGAUGCACUGUGGCAUUUGUUCUCUCUGCGUUCCUCCCAGCGGUCAUUCCUCUUCUGGCCGCUGCUGUGGAUGCACAACCUGACUGUCUGUCUCCAGGCACUGCAGUCGUCUGCAAGGGAUUCCCAGACGGCGGGGUUGACGUUGACAGCCUUCAUGCCCCGUUGGCAGACGUCUUUGUAACACAGAGUUGGUCUCCUGAUGGGCCUGGUGCUUGAAGCCAGCUCCUUGUACAACACAUCCUUGGGGAGCCUGCCAUCUUCCAUUCUGUGGACAUGACCAAGCCAGCAUAGUUGUCGUCUAAACAGGAGUGUGAACGUGCUGAGAAUGGGGGCUUGGAGGAACACACCUGAAAUAUACUCGGAGUCGAGUGUGAAUUUCAUGUUCUUCAUUCAGCUUGUAGUAGCAAUGAAUGAAACUUUCCCCAAAACAUCUAGUUAUAUAUAUAUAACUCUCUCUCUCUCUAUAUAUAUAUUAUUUACACAAUGGGCGCCACAUGAUUGGCUAAUUCCGGGCUGCUCCUGUAGGCCAAUCAGGUUUGCAGAUUCACUUCCUCCAGAGGCCUGAUUGCCUGCUCCUGCAGGCCAAUCAGGUCGCUGAUUCACUUCCACCUGCAGCUGGAUUGGGUGGCUCCUGCGGACCAAUCAGACUGCUGCAUUCUGAAUCCUAUUGUUCUAGAAUUCAGCUCAGUACAUAACAACACCUUUGUUUGAAACUCUGUUCUGCCAAGUAAUACCCAAAUUCUUCCUGACGUGGCAGCUAUUGAUGCGCCACUCCUGAGGGUGAUAGGUUGCCCAUGACUCACUUCCAUAAAGCAGUGUGCUCACUGAUAGACCUUCAUCUUGGUAUUGGAGCCCCUGUUGUGUGCAUGUCAAAAAGAAGAGAGCGGAGGCUGGAUUGGAGAAUGCGGGCAUCGAUCCCGCUACCUCUCGCAUGCAAAGCGAGCGCUCUACCAUUUGAGCUAAUUCCCCAGUUGCCUGGCUCCAUUGGCCCAGAAAUACAGAAAAAGAGGCAGAUCUCAGAAAGGGAUCCAGAAAGGGACUGAGGGAGGAUUUGUUGUUGCUCAUGGGCGUGGCCAGGAUUUAUGAUAUGGGGCAGCCCAAAAAGUUUUUGAGCUUUUUUUGGGGGGGGAGAUCAUGCCCCAAAAUUUGUUGCCCUUUUUUGAGAGAUCACAGGUGAAAAUCCCCCCAAAAGAGGACAUUACAGGGGGCAGGCUUCUGCUGGGGAGGGACAGAAGCUCAGUUAAUUGAGUAUUUUUAGUGCUUUUCUAUACUUUUUGACAUAUGUUGCUGGUGGCAUCCAUCUGUCUCAGGAGACAAUGGAGAAGCGUGCCAUUGGGUGGGUGGGGGGUGUCAAGCUGUUGAACGGGUGCAGUGACUAUUGGGGCUGUAGGGACCAAAACAGGAGAGACAGGCAUCCAGUUGUGGUGCUGAAGAUGCACCAUGGCGUUCCUUCUCUCUGUGCUCCUCCCAGCAGUCAUUCCUCCUCUGGCCACUGCUGUGGAUGCACAACCUGACUGUCUGUCUCCAGGCAUUGCAGUCGUCUGCAAGGGAUUCCCAGACGGCGGGGUUGGUGUUGCCAGCCUUCAUGCCCCGUUUGCAGACGUCUUUGUAACACAGAGUUGGUCUGCCGAUGGGCCUGGUGCUUGAAGCCAGCUCCUCGUACAACACAUCCUUAGGGAUCCUGCCAUCUUCCAUUCUGUGGACAUGACCAAGCCAGUGUAGACGUCGUCUAAACAGGAGUGCGAACGUGCUGGGAAUGGGGCCUUGGAGGAACACACCUGAAAUAUACUCAGAGUCGAGUGUGAAUUUCAUGUUCUUUAUUCAGCUCGUAGUAGCAAUGAAUUAAACUUUCCCCAAAACGUCUAGCUAUAUAUAUAUAUAUAUAUAUAUAUAUAUAUAUAUAAUUUACACAAUGGGCGUCGCAUGAUUGGCUAAUUCCGGGCUGCUCCUGUAGGCCAAUCAGGUUGCAGAUUCACUUCCUCCAGAGGCCUGAUUGGAUGCUCCUACAGGCCAAUCAGGUUGCUGAUUCACUUCAUCCAGGAGCCUGAUUGGCUGCUCCUGCAAGCCAAUCAGGUUGCGGAUUAACUUCCACCUGCAGCUGGAUUGGGUGGCUCCUGCGGACCAAUCAGACUGCUGUAUUCUGGAUCCUAUUGUUCUAGGAUUCAGCUCAGUACAUAGCAACACCUUUGUUUGAAACUCUGUCCUGCCAAGUGAUACCCAAAUUCUUCCUGAUGUGACAGAUGUGGAAGCUAUUGAGGCACCACUCCUGAGGGUGAUAAGUUGCCCAUGACUCACUUUCAUAAAAAAGUGUGCUCAACACGCUCACUGGUAGACCUUCAUCUUGGUAUUGGAGCCCCUGUUGUGUGCAUGUCAAAAAGAAGAGAGCGGAGGCGGGAUUGGAGAAUGUGGGCAUCGAUCCCGCUACCUCUCGCAUGCUAAGCGAGCGCUCUACCAUUUGAGCUAAUUCCCCAGCUGCCUGGCUCCAUUGGGCCAGACAUACAGAAAAAGAGGCAGAUCUCAGAAAAGGGUCCAGAAAGGGAUCCAGGGAAGCUUUGUUGAAUGCCUGGCAAAAGGAAGAGGUCAUGAGGUUUGCUGGAGAAAGCGGGCAUCGAUCCCGCUACCUCUCACAUGCUAAGCGAGCGCUCUACCAUUUGAGCUAAUUCCCCAGUUGCCUGGCUUCAAUGGACCAGACAUACUGAGAAAGAGACAGAUCUCAGAAAGGGAUCCAGAAUGGGAUUCAUAGAGGUUUUGUUGAAAGUAUGGCAAAAGGAAGAGCUUGUGAGCUUAUCUGGAGAAUGUGGGCAUCGAUCCCACUACCUCUCGCAUGCUAAGCGAGCGCUCUACCAUUUGAGCUAAUUCCCCAGCUGCCUGGCUCCAUUGGCCCAGAAAUACAGAAAAAGAGGCAGAUCUCAGAAAGGGAUCUAGAAAAUGUAUCAGGAAAGCUUUGUUGAAUGUCUGGCAAAAGGAACAGGGCAGAGGCUCAGCUGGGGAAUUCAGGAUUCGAUCCUUCUACCUCUCGCGUGCAAAGUGAUCGCUCUACCAUUUGAGCUAAUUCCCCAGCUGCCUGGCAGACCUUUUCCUGUGCCUGCUUAUGACCCAGAUGCCUGAGCGCGGAUCUUUCUCUCACCUCUCCAGGGAGUGAUGGGACUCCAAAAGUGCUUCUCUAUUUGUAAAACCUUGCCAUUGGGAGAAGAGAGGGCGAGACUCUGCAAAAUCUUCUCGGGGGGGGGGAGGAGUGGGACCGUUUGCAGAGCUGGCUCAUCGCCUGCAGGCCGGCUCUGGGUGCCAUGCGAUGUUGAAAUAGUGAUGGCAAGGGAUGACACCCCAAAGUGCAAGCAAAGAGUUAAACUUUUAAAGCUGCAGGUGGGUGUAGUCUGAGAGGUCCCUCAGGAUGCAGAGCUAUCAGGUUUGCGGUCUGAGAGGGCUCAUGGACUCAAUUUUUCUCCUGUAUGGCCAGGUGUGUCUUUGGUCCACUGAGGCUGCACGGGGUCAGCUCUCACCAUCUUUAAGGUGAUAUACACGGCCACCAAGUCUCUCCUAUUCUUCUGUUUGUGUUGUAUACAGGAAAAUCUACUAGCCUCAUGUUCUGCAGAGCAAAAGGAGGAGGAGAAAUUUAGCUGGGUAUCAGUGCCAAUACCUCUUACAUACUAAGAGACUAUUCUUCUGUUGGAGACAAAACCUGAGCUGUCUGCCAUUGCUGGCUCAUGCAUGACAAAUCCAAGAUGUCACACAGAACAUGUUUCUCUAUCUAUCUAUCUAUGGGAGACAGGAGUCAUUUUCACAAUAACCUUCCAAUCAAAUAAUUACACUGUUUCAUAAUUUGACUUCCCACCCUCACCUCCACAGCAUUUUUACUCAAACUUUUCCACUGCAUUCUAUCUUUAUCUAUUACAAAAAGUUUCUCCAUUACAGUUAUAUUAUCAUUUUUCUUCCGCUGCUUUUAUCUCGAAUCCUGCCCGCAAUUUCAUUUGACUGUAAUAUUUUUUUAAAAAAAUAGUCCACAAAAGGCCUCCAUUCUUCUAUAAAAAGUUCCUUGUUUUGAUCUGUUAAUUUUGCUGUCAGCGUUGCUAUUUCUGCAUAGUCCAUUAGUUUCAAAAGCCACUCUUCCUUUACUGGAACUUUCUCUUCUUCCCAUAUCUGUAAAUACAAUAUUCUAGCUGCUCCAUCCCUAUUACACCAAUAAGGAAACCUUCUGGUCUCUGGGGAAUAGCCCAUUUAAACAUUUUCUUCAUUACACAGAACGUGUUUCAGCCAGGUAUGUAUGGCAAAAGAAAGAGAAGGGAGGCUUGCCUGGAGAAUGCGGGCAUCGAUCCCGCUACCUCUCGCAUGCUAAGCGAGCGCUCUACCAUUUGAGCUAAUUCCCCAGCUGCCUAACAUCACCAGUCUUAGACAUACAAAAAAGAGAGGAGGGAGCAGACUUUAGAAAUGGAUCCAGAAAAAAUGAUCCAGGGAGGUUUCGUAGGCAAAAGGAAAAGAGUAGAAGAUUGGUUAGAGAACGAACGCGUAAGUCCUGCUGCCUCUUGCAUGCAAAACGAGCACUUCACCAUUUGAGCUGAUUGCCCAGCAGAACCAUCCAAAAGUAUCUCCAAGAAAGAGACAGAACUUAGAUGCCGUUGGAGCAGUGGUGGCCAAGGAUGGCACCCCACAGUGCAGGAUAAGGGUUACUUUUUAAGCAGUUUGUGGGUGCAAUGACAGUGGCCACUCAGGGUGCAGAACUAAAUAAUAGUUCUGGUUGCAUUUAGAGGCCUCUGAUGCAAAAUGGACUCGGCUGCUCCAGGCUUCAGGCAGCCAUCCGCAAGGCUCGGAGCGCGGCGGGAACUCCUGCUGCACUCCAAAGGCUUGCUGAUAGCUGCCUGAAGCCCCCGGAGCGCAGCGGGAGUUCCCUGCGCUCUGGGGCUUCAGGCGGCUUCAGCGAAAGCAACGCGAAGCCUCCGGAGCGCGGGGGGAGCUCUCCCUCUGCGCUUUGGAGGAUUCGCGUUGCUAUCGCUGAAGCCAAGGAGCCUGCAUUCGCUCCAUAGGACGCCCACACAUUUCCCCUUCAUUUUUUUAGGGGAAAAAGUGUGUCCUAUAGAGCGAAAAAUACGGUAUGUUAGCUGCAGUUGUGCUCUUCAUUUCUGCCAGGGUCUGGCGUGAUCUGUGUGGUUCACCUUAUCUGCUUGUGACUCAGUAAAGCUUGCCACGUUUUUUUCCUUCCCGGAUGCAGUCUGUUUUAUUCUGCCACUUCUGCAAGCAUGCGGAAAACAACCUAAGGAGGCUGGAAAAGGAACAGGGCAGAAGCUCGGUUGGGGAAUUCAGGAUUCGAUCCUUCUACCUCUCGCAUGCCAAGCGAGUGCUCUACCACUUAAGCUAAUUCCUCAGCUGUCCAGCAGAGCCAGCCCACAGCACAAGAUACAAGAUGAGGCUGUUCUUCUGUUUGAGCUAAUUCCCUGGCUGUCCAGCUUUGCAAUAUCCCUGAAAGUGGGCCCAGGCCAGAGUUUCUGUACAGAAUAUGAUCCGAAGACGCUUUGCUUUAUGCAUGCCAAAAGGGAGAAAUUAGAGUCUUGACUGGAGAAUGCGGGCAUCGAUCCCGCUACCUCUCGCAUGCUAAGCGAGCGCUCUACCAUUUGAGCUAAUUCCCCAGCUGCUCAGGAAAACCACCUCACAGUAUCCUAAGUACAGGCCAGAUCCAAGGUGCAACUGCUCUUAGGUUUGAGUUAAAUUCCCUGGCUGCCCAGGCCCCAUGAUAUCCCAAGAAGGAAGCAGGAGCCUGAAAUGCUGUGGAGAACGUGAGCUGGAAAGGCGUUGCUCUAGGUUCGGCAAAAGCCAAAAAGGAGCAGAAGCUUGCCUGGAGAAUGCGGGCAUCGAUCCCGCUACCUCUCGCAUGCUAAGCGAGCGCUCUACCAUUUGAGCUAAUUCCCCAACCGUGUGGCUUCAGUGGCUCAGACGUACAGAAAGGGAUACGACAAAAGAAAGUGGUUCAGGGAGGCUUCUGUUUUGUCUAAAAGGAGAUAAAGCCAAAAGCAUGCAGAUUAUCUUGGCAGACAAGAUAUUUGGGGCAGACCCAACAAGCAUAAUAACAUGGAAGCUAAACAGGCACGGCAGCAGAUAAGCAAAGAACCAUCAGUAGCUGACACUUCAGCAUUUAUGCAAAAGACAAUAUGCUUGGGCUGAGGAAUUAGGCCAAACUUUGCCCCUCGGUGAUCCUGGCCAGGGAUAGCCUGUGCAUGAGGCGAGGGGAAGCCAUUCAUCUCUGGAACCACCUCCCCUUUCUCCUUUCUUUCUUUCUUUCUUUCUUUCUUUCUUUCUUUGGCAAUCACUCGUAGCCAAGUAAGAUUGUCUUCCAUUGUUUUAACAAUGAGUCCGUAAGUGACUGUGGAGGCCAAUUCUGGAUCCACACGUCCUUCCACAGUGGGGACAUUGGUUUCCGGGCAGGAGCUGAUCACGGUGUGGAUUUGCCAAGCGUGCCUUCCUCCUAGCACGUUUCUCCCUUGAGUCCUGAGUUCGAGUGUCUUCAAAGCCCAUGACACCUUUGGGAAAGGCUGUUCUCCAACUGGAGCGCUCGCAGGCCAGUGUUUACCAGUUGUCAGUGUUUAUACUACAUUUUUUUUAGAUUUGCCUUGAGACGGUCUUUAAAACUCUUUUGUUGACCACCAGCAUUACGCUUUCCAUUUUUAAGUUUGGAAUAGAGUAGUUGCUUUGGAAGACAAUCAUCACAACAUGACCAGUCCAACAAAGUUGAUGUUGAAGAAUCAUUGCUUCAACAUUGGUGAUCUUUGCUUCUUCCAGUACACUGGUAUUAGUUCGCCUGUCUUCCCAAGUGAUGUGUAAAAUUUUUUGGAGAGACCAUUGAUGGAAUCUUUCAAGAAGCUGAAGAUGGCGUUUAUAAGUGGUCCAUGUUUCACAAGCAUAUAGUAAGGUUUGUAGUACAAUAGCUUUGUAAACAAGCAUUUUGGUUUCCCUGUGAAUGUCCUGGUCCUCAAACACUCUGCACUCUGGGAGAAUGGUAACAGGGGCAGGAUCGUGAAAUCUGGAAGCCCCUAGUCACAAACCGGUACAUGGGCGGUGAAUACAGAUUCAGCCGUUCUGACUCAAGGAAUGAGGCAGCUAAGCAGCUCAGCAGCUGUAUCCAUGACUGAGCAGCCCUUUUUAGGAUCCACUCUGCUCACCCCGAAAAGGGGGAGGGGCUAGAAAAGGUGCCCUAAACAUAGUCUGCCUCCCUUUUUCCCUGACUGGAUUACCGUGCCCAGUGGGGUCACCACCUAGCGGUCGUAAAAGACAAAUGAACUUUGGAACAUGGAAUAUACGGACUUUGUCAGAUAACACAGACAGACAGUGUCCUGAACACAGAACUGCCAUCAUUGCAAGAGAGCUGUGACAUUUUAACAUUGAUAUUGCAGCGCUUCAAGAGACUCGAAGAGCAGGCGAGGGACAACUGAAGGAAGAAAAAGGAGGCUACACAUUCUUCUGGAAAGGUCUAUCUGAACAAGAACAUUGAAUACAUGGGGUAGGCUUCGCUAUCAAAAGCGACCUAUUGAGGCUCCUGUCAGAAGUCACCUCCCCACCCUCUUCCUGACCCCACCAUGGCUUCUCCCACUGCUGACACAGCACUCCUACCCUCACUGCUGUGCCCAUGGCACCUUUCCUGUCACCCUCCUGUAGUUGACACAAGAUAAUAUCACCAAGGCAACUAUCUGUAAACAAACAAUAAAGGUCCAUCAAAGUGGCAAAAGUAGUUUCUUUCCCAAAUUGGUUUUUAUCUUACACGCAGUAAAUGAAGAGUUCACUCAGACUGGCACUCAUCCUGGCUGGACUCAAAACAUCUCAGACUGGGUCUCAUCCUGGCUGGACUCAAAACAUCUCAGACGGGCUCUCACCCUGGCUGGACUCAUCACUGCGGUCUUUCUGCAAUUUACGGUGGUGGUGCCUGAGCAGAACGAAUAGCAGGUUUUUCCACCAUGUCCAAUCAGUCCAUGAUGAGAACUGAACUUUGGUCCGUUCCAUUCUCUAAAAAUGCUAACUAGGUUCACCACCUAAAACGAAUCUCCAGAUUGCUAAUGUAAACACUGCCUACUUCUCUAUCUCCUACUUUAACUAAGGAGAUAGUACAAGAAUACUUGGCUAGUUUAGAUGUAUUCAAGUCUCCAGGGCCAGAUGAACUGCAUCCAAGAGUAUUAAAAGAACUGGCAGAUGUGAUCUCAGAACCACUGGCAGUCAUCUUUGAGAAUUCCUGGAGAACAGGCGAAGUCCCGGCAGACUGGAGGAGGGCAAAUGUUGUCCCUAUUUUCAAAAAGGGGAAAAGAGAGGACCCAAAUAAUUACCGCCCAGUCAGUCUGACAUCAAUACCAGGGAAGAUUCUGGAGCAGAUCAUUAAGCAAACAGUCUGUGAGCACCUAGAAAGGAAUGCUGUGAUCACCAAUAGUCAGCAUGGAUUUCUGAAAAAUAAGUCAUGUCAGACUAACCUGAUCUCGUUUUUUGACAGAAUUACAAGCCUGGUAGAUGAAGGGAACGCAGUGGAUGUAGCUUACCUUGAUUUCAGCAAGGCAUUUGACAAGGUGCCCCAUGAUAUUCUUGUAAAGAAGCUGGUAAAAUGCGGUCUUGACUAUGCUACCACUCAGUGGAUUUGUAACUGGCUGACUGACCGAACCCAAAGGGUGCUCAUCAAUGGUUCCUCUUCAUCCUGGAGAAGAGUGACUAGUGGGGUGCCACAGGGUUCUGUCUUGGGCCUGGUCUUAUUCAACAUCUUUAUCAACGACUUGGAUGAUGGACUCAAGGGCAUCCUGAUCAAAUUUGCAGAUGACACCAAAUUGGGAGGGGUGGCUAACACCCCAGAGGACUGGAUCACACUUCAAAACGACCUUGACAGAUUAGAGAACUGGGCCAAAACAAACAAGAUGAAUUUUAACAGGGAGAAAUGUAAAGUAUUGCACUUGGGCAAAAAAAAUGAGAGGCACAAAUACAAGAUGGGUGGCACCUGGCUUGAGAGCAGUACAUGUGAAAAGGAUCUAGGAGUCUUGGUUGACCACAAACUUGACAUGAGCCAACAGUGUGACGCGGCAGCUAAAAAAGCCAAUGCAAUUCUGGGCUGCAUCAAUAGGAGUAUAGCAUCUAGAUCAAGGGAAGUAAUAGUGCCACUGUCUUCUGCUCUGGUCAGACCUCACCUGGAGUACUGUGUCCAGUUCUGGGCACCACAGUUCAAGAAGGACACUGACAAACUGGAACGUGUCCAGAGGAGGGCAACCAAAAUGGUCAAAGGCCUGGAAACGAUGCCUUAUGAGGAACGGCUAAGGGAGCUGGGCAUGUUUAGCCUGGAGAAGAGGAGGUUAAGGGGUGAUAUGAUAGCCAUGUUCAAAUAUAUCAAAGGAUGUCACAUAGAGAAGGGAGAAAGGUUGUUUUCUGCUGCUCCAGAGAAGCGGACACGGAGCAAUGGAUCCAAACUACAAGAAAGAAGAUUCCACCUAAACAUUAGGAAGAACUUCCUGACAGUAAGAGCUGUUUGACAGUGGAAUUUGCUGCCAAGGAGUGUGGUGGAGUCUCCUUCUUUGGAGGUCUUUAAGCAGAGGCUUGACAACCAUAUGUCAGGAGUGCUCUGAUGGUGUUUCCUGCUUGGCAGGGGGUUGGACUUGAUGGCCCUUGUGGUCUCUUCCAACUCUAUGAUUCUAUGAUUCUAUGAUUCUCUGCAUUUCUGUUUUCUACCUACCAAGGAACCCAACUGGAAUUUAUGUUCCCAGAGACAGGGGUUUCACACAUUCCAAUUUCCAUCUUGCCAUCAGUCUCAGGUGCAACUUGAAGACUGCAUUGUGCCUAACAGAGUCUCAUUGAAAUGCCUGCUACCUCCACCAACAUAGCAUUGAAAAUUCUUGUAAAGUGUCCAUGCAACUUGAGUCAGUGGAGUGUUCACACUCUGUGUACAUCUCUACGGUACUGCCAGUGUGAAGUUACACGUGAAAUGCGCUCUCUGAUAGAGCUUUGGGUGUGCUAUAGACUGGCCCACGUCAAAGCCAAGUGGUUGUGUCUUGAAGCCAGUACAGCCAUACCUUGGUUGUCAAACGGAAUCCAUUCCAGAAAUCAGUUGGACUUCCAAAAAUGUUCAACAACCAAGGUGCGGCUUCCGAUUGGCUGCUAGAGCCUCCUGCACUCAAUCGGAAGCCAUGGAAUGUUUGGCUUCCGAAAAUCCUUCGAAAACUGGAACACUCACUUCCAGUUUUUGAUUGUUCUAGAGCCAAAACAUUUGAGAUCCAAGGUAUGAGUGUACAGUGGUACCUCGGGUUACGAACUUAAUUCUUUCUGGAGGUCUGUUCUUAACCUGAAACUGUUCUUAACCUGAAGCACCACUUUAGCUAAUGGGGCCUCCUGCUGCCGCUGGGCCGCCGGAGCACGAUUUCUGUUCUUAUCCUGAAGCAAAGUUCUUAACCCGAGGUACUAUUUCUGGGUUAGCGGAGUCUGUAACCUGAAGCGUUUGUAACCUGAGGUACCACUGUACUGAAAUAGGUUGUUCACUGCCUUGAGGCGUAAAGAAAUUGAGCAUACCCUACGAUCUGCCACUAGAUGGCAGAAGAAGAUAGUUUUAUCAUGAAGUGAGGACUUCAGAUACUUUUCAGAAAAUCUGUAAAGCAAGGAGUUAAAACUCCAGUGUGCCCAGAAGAGUUUGGGGCCACACAGAGUUUUUUCCGUCCUCAAUAAAGUAGUAAUUUCUCUAGCCCUGGUGAAGCAAACACGUGACCAGUCUCAGCAUUGUGGAGUCCAAUCUAUCAACAUCAAUUUUUGUUGAAAUAUUCUUAAGGCAAGUGUUAUCCAACUCUUUCCAGUACACUUUCCCACCACUUUCCUGUCCGCAAAAAAAAAAGGUUAAAAUUUUGGAGGGAAGAGGGUUUGUUGUGCAAGACCUUCUGAUUAACUAUAACUCUGAAGCCUGAAAUAUGUGAUUGAAACCACCAAAAAAUAAUGGCAGUCUAGAAGUGCCUGUGAUCACUGCAGAUGGUGACAGCAGUCACGAAAUUAAAAGACACCUGCUUCUUGGGAGAAAAGCAAUGACAAGCCUAGACAGCACCUUAAAAAGCAGAGACAUCACCUUGCCGACAAAGGUCCGUAUAGUAAAAGCUAUGAUCUUCCCAGUAGUGAUGUAUGGAAGUGAGAGCUGGACCAUAAAGAAGGCUGAUUGGCGAAGAAUGGAUGCUUUUGAAUUCUGGUGCUGGAGGAGACUCUUGAGAGUCCCAUGGACUGCAAGAAGAUCAAACCUCUCCAUUCUGAAGGAAAUCAGCCCUGAGUGCUCACUGGAAGGACAGAUCCUGAAGCUGAGGCUCCAAUACUUUGGCCACCUCAUGAGAAGAGAAGACUCCCUGGAAAAGACCCUGAUGUUGGGAAAGAUGGAGGGCACAAGGAGAAGGGGACGACAGAGGACGAGAUGGUUGGAUGGUGUUCUUGAAGCUACCAGCAUGAGUUUGACCAAACUGCGGGAGGCAAUGGAAGACAGGAGUGCCUGGCGUGCUCUGGUCCAUGGGGUCAGGAAGAGUCGGACACGACUAAACGACGAAAGAACAACAACAACAGAAGUGCCCGUGAUCUCCUUGGAGUCGCAAGGAUUGAACACGGAAUGAGAAACACCAAUGAUGACUUGCCGUUUCUUUCUGCUGCGAAUCACAAGUGGGGUGUGUGCUUUUGUUUGAUCACUGUGAGAGCAGGUUGUUGGACGAGAUGGUUGUUCGCCUGAUUCAGCAGGACUCUAAUGUUCUAAUGUUUAUUCCCAUUGAGCAGAACUGUGAUUCAGUCUCUGUACCUUCCCCCCCGCAAAAAAAUUGCAUUCCUAAGGCAUCUCUAAUGCCUUCUUGGGGCACAUUCCUUGUGUGUUCCUGAUUCCAGUAGUGUUCUUCUGUUCUGGCCUGACAACUGAAACGGCAGAUAUGCAAACCCGUGAAUCAAACACUGGUUCAUCUGUCAGUCUGGGCCCUUGGCAGGCCGUUUGUGUUUUUAAAAGCAUCAGGUGUACAUUUAAUUUUUCCAAGUGCAAGCCCCUUCCAAGGGGGGGGGGGGGAGACGGUCAUGGUGGCAUCACAGUUAACAGACAAUCAGUGCUGUGCGCAGCUGAUGCCCAUAGUACACUUGCAGAACCAGGUUUCUUUGUCUCAGAACUCAACUCUCGGAAGCAAAGGUACCUUUUGUAGAGGUGAGGAGCCUUUUUCAGCCCUUGUUCAAAUGCAUUCGCUUCUGGGCCCUUUUCUAAAGGCCAUAUGUCAAUGGGAGCCUGGACCAGGGGCAAAAGUAGGCAGAACAAGAAAUGAGGGUUUUACCUUUGUGCAAUAUAUGACUUUCUGGUCUGGUGUUGUUAUCCGAAUCAAUUUUGUGUUGGCGAAAUCUUUGAUCUUCGCGGGUGUUUAUGUACUUUUAUAUUCCUGUAGUAUGGUGUUACGGAAAUUACGGGGAGGAGCACAUCUUUAAAGUUGUUAAAUGUUACAAAUAUUAUUCAUAAAUGUAUCCUUUCGACUUGACAGCUCAGAAAAGUUACCUAGCUUUAAAAAUAAUAUAAAAUCAACUCCUUUGCCAGUGUCCUCCAUUCCAACGCUAUUUUGCCCUUGAAAAAGGGACUCCAGGAAGUGCCCAGAGGUGACAAUUUCUGAGCUGAUUGCUGGCCAAGGAAAGCUUAAUCCCAUCACCAAACUUGCCAAGGGGUCCAGACAUGCAAAGGAAGUUCUAUUGUACUUUGGGUGGUGGGACUUCAGUGGUGUUUGCCUAUGCUAAUCUUAUACCUGGGUCUUGCCCUGACAUGUCUACUUAUGCUAAUCUUGUACCAAGGACUUGUCUGGACAUAUUUGCCAAGGUUAAACUAGUGUAACCCCUUUUGUGACGUGUCAGUGAUGUAGCAAUGAUCUAUCAAUGAUGCUGUACAAACUGUAUUCUGGGAUAUGGUGGGAAAGUUUUAAAAGUCCUUGUCACCCCAUCCUCGAGGUUCAAAAUUCCUCUUUGAACCUGUUGCGCAAUAAACUUUGGUCUACAGCUAUUUGCUCCGGUUGGUAGUGUGAUAGGAAUUUUGAGGUCUUAGAUAUAUGGUAAUGCUCACAACAGAACAUACAUAGAUCAGCACAGGAAGACCAACCUGGAACCAUUUUGAUUCCUAAACUAAGCAAAUGUUUUCUCUACAAGGUCAAAGUGGGAAACCUCCCCAUUGUCUCUUUCCUCACAAAUCCUGUCUUAAGGGCACAUUUAAGAUAUGAAUAGGGUGUGAGCCUGUGACCUGGCCCAGGAACGAAGUAUUUAUCACCAUAAAAGAAUGGCCAGGCUCCCCAGACAAUCCAGUCAAGUAACCUGCCAGACAGGAGAUAAGCAAUGACAGGAGAAAAACAACAUUCAAAUUUCUGUUUUAAGACCGCCUUUUCUGUGAUGUAGGUAUGAUGUAUCUGAGGGGUGGUCUUAGGUUACACCCCUUCUGUGAUGUAUGUAUGAUGUUUCUGGGGGUGGUCUUGAUCUACAAGGUGGCAAUUUCAAAAGUCUUUAUAAGGCCUUGCGCGCCAUUGUUCUGGGUUCCUCCUCCCUCCUUUGUGUGGUGAGUUGAGGACCCUGUUGCAACAGAUCAAUAAAGAUCAGGCUUACUAGCUGCUUUGCUUCUCAAUAUUCUCUGGUUGGCCUCUGUUAUUCUCUCCUACCAAUAGGGAACCAAUGCAAGGACUCUAUAUGGGCUCUUGGAUAGCCCAUAAGGGAAAAGGGCAAUUUUUGUUUACAACAGUAGCUGGACUCCUUCCUUUAUUCCGCAGGAACCCGCGGGCUCUGCCCGACGAGCUGGGUGACCGAGCAGCCUCACACCUAGAUUUUUCCAUAACAAUGGGGAUUAGAGGCAGGACAAUGAAAGCGAACUCUGCAAGCCCUUUUAGCUGCUGACUUAGACUUCAAGCCUGGAAGUGUCAGGAUGAGGAAGAGCAGGGAAAUCGACCCAACCAAGAGCCCCCCACCCCCAGGGAAGGCACAAAGGAGAAGGAUUUCGAGCCUGGUAACUGGUGGAAGGACACUGGCCACAACUCAGAGGAGGGAACAAGCUGGGGAGUGGUAGAAGCAGGGCCCUUGCAGGAUAGUGAAGGGACAAGACAGCAUGAAGGGGUUUCUAGUUUGGGUGAAGGCGCCAACAGCAAUGACAAAGGGGAGGUAGAGCCUGCAGUUCUCACCCAGGACCACUCUGAGGGCUUCUCUGCUGGCAGCUUGCUGGCCCCGUCUCCUCUUAGAACGAGGCAUUUAUUGCAUGAUGCCAAGGCCAGGCAGACACAGAGCGAAUCCCUUGGGGCUUGCCGUAUAGAAGAAGAGCACAGAGGGAGGGGCCGGACACAAAGGGCUAGGGAGUGGAAGAGGAGAGACGCGUCAGCCCAAAGAACUGCUUCAUUAAGGCAGGAUUACUCCUUAGAAGUCUCUGUGUGUUCUUUGUCCUGAUUUCCGUAAUAAAGAAGCUAGCUGCACGUCAACCAAGUGUCCCUCUCUUCCUUCUCUGACCUGCGAACAACCGACUUGCCCUGUCAGCUCCCCUGACAGGAAGGAUAAAUACCCACCUUCUAUGACAGGUUGGUCUGGAGAUCUCAUGUCCUCCCCCCCUUAGCCUUGGUGAGACAAUUGCCUCGGGCGGCAGGAUGGGGACAGCUGGAAACCGUGGCAGGUUCGGCGGCCCCAGUAGCAUGCCAAUCACCACCACCUGCUUCUCUUCAGCCUCCAUUUUGCUCCCUUCAGAGUGCCGGGGCUUCCCUGAGCCAUCUUCCCUGUCGCCUCAGGAAGAGGCAAGGGGGACAGAGCAGGAGAGGAAGAGGCAAUGGCAAGGGGGUAUGCCCCCGGUAUGCCCCACGGAAGACCUUAAGGUCCAUAAAUAGUGGUCCCGGGCCCUAAGGAAGUCAGAUUAGCCUCAACUAGAGCCAGGGCCUUCUCAACACUGGCUCCGGCCUGGUGGAACACUCUGUCUCUUGAGACCAGGGCCCUGCAGGAUCUGAUUUCUUUCCGCAGGGCCUGUAAGACAGAGUUGUUCCGCCUGGCCUUUGGCUUGGAAUCAACUUGAUCCCCUCCCCCUCUUUCCUUUUUCCUUUUUCUUUCUGUGAUGGAACUCCUAUUUCCACCCCAAAAACCUUUUCGAUUUGAGUUCCUACGAAAUGAGGCUGUAUUUUAAUGUUUUAAUGUCGUAUUUUAAUCUCGUUUUUAAGUUGUAUUUCAAUCAAUUGUUUUUAUACCUGGUGUCAGCCGCCCUGAGCCCUGUCUUGGCUGGGGAGGGCGGGGUAUAAAUAAAAUUAUUAUUUUCUGCUUUGCCUCAAGCGGCCAAAUGUCUUGGGCCGGCCCUGCACACCUCUCCUCCUGAAGUGGAUUCGGCCAUUGAAAUUAUAACAAAGAUGCUUCUCAUUCUUAUUUAGGGGGUGGCCGACAGUGCCGUCGUUCCCAUCAAGGCCUUUCAGCAGGCAGGCGGGGAACACCACUGAGUCACCUGUUAAGCCAUUGUAAAAACUUCUUGUAGCGACAGGUGAUACUCCCUGAGACAGAACAAAGGCCUUUUGGAGGGCAGGUAUUGUUUCUAGAAACAUUCACCCAGUUGCAUCAAGGGGAGCACUUGUGACAACCUGGGCUCGGUUACAUCAUUGCUAGAACAACACCACAAACAAACAAAAACAAGCAGCAACAACCCCACAGCUGAGAUAAUAUCUGAAAAUCUCUCCAGAACCUGUGAGUUAAAACUGGAGGGCAAUCCCCCAUAUUUAUUUGCAAAGCUAAAUUUGAAGUUACACAUCAAACAUACCCUCCAACAUUCCUCAGAUGGAAACAGGGACAAUUUUCACUCCCCACCCUGGGAACUCACCCUCCUCGACCCCCCCCCCCAUUUUUUAUUUUUUAUUUUUUGUUUGUGUGUGUGUGUGUCCCUGGUAAAGCAUUUCCUGUCAUAAGAAGGGCGAGUGCCACCACCAAGGGGACACAGCACACAUGUCCUUUGUCAUCCAGAGAAAACCCCUUAAUCCCAUUUCCUCCUCCCCCCCAUUCUUUGGUAGAUUUACCAAGUGACUUGGAAACCACAAUUAAUUUAGAAUGCGGCUGCCAGACUCGUGACUGCCUGGAGCGACUGCCGGGAUCAAAUAACACUGGUUCCCAGUACGUUUCCGAGCACAAUUCAAAGUGUUGGUGCAGACCUUUAAAGCCCUAAACAGCCUUGGCCCAGAAUACCUGAAGGAGCGUCUCCACCCCCGUCAUUCAACCCAGACACUGAGCUCCAGCUCCAAGGGUCUUUUGGCUGUCCCCUAACUGGGAAAUUAUUAAUGUUUGACCCUUUGUGGUGUUUUUAAAUUUUGCUGGAAGCCGCCCAGAGUGGCUGAGGCAACCCAGUCAGAUGGGCAGCAUGUAAAUAAUAAAAGCAAUUAAAAAUAUUAAUAAUAUGCACCUUGUCCUCACGGGGAGAGUAUGUGCAGACCUAGAUGGGCGUUUGGCUUAUUCCAGAAGGCUUUUCUUAUUUCCAUAGAGGUAGGAGUUGUUGUUCUGUUGAAAAUAGGUGUAUGCCAGACUUUUUCAUGGGUCACAUGUCCUGUUCUGCUACGAAAACAGUGGGAAGAAGGUGCUGGACUAGAUGGGUCUAUGGCCUCGAACCAUCCGUCUCAUGCCCUUAAUCCCACCUGCAAAAUAGCAGCAGCCUGGAAGUAGCCAAAGUGUGCUUAAUAGAGCAUUGGUAGUAAGUGUCAGGAGAUCGUGAUUUUGAAGCCCAUCAGCGGACCUUAGAGACUCUGAAAAGAAAAGGAGGGAAGACCCUGUGAAACUAAAGUUAGCCAACAUCUCAGAUGUAGACCGUGGCUACAAAUUGGGUGUGUUAAUAUAUAACUGCAUAAAGUAAGGUAAAGGUAAAGGGACCCCUGACCAUUAGGUCCAGUCGUGACCAACUCUGGGGUUGCUCGCUCUUCUCACUCUAUAGGCCGAGGGAGGCAGUGUACAGCUUCCGGGUCAUGUGGCCAGCAUGACUAAGCUGCAUCUGGCGAACCAGAGCAGUGCACGGAAACGCUGUUUACCUUCCCGCCAGAGUGGUACCUAUUUAUCUACUUGCACUUUGACAUGCUUUUGAACUGCUAGGUUGGCAGGAGCAGGGACCGAGCAAUGGGAGCUCACCCCGUCGCGGAGAUUCGAACCGCCGACCUUCUGAUCGGCAAGUCCUAGGUUCUGUGGUUUAACCCACAGCGCCACCUGCGUUCCUAACUGCACAAAGUAGUGCCUUGCAAAAAAGAAAAGAAAAAAGGAAAGCCCUGUCCAGGAUGGAUUAAGAGAACUGUGGAAAUGCAACACUACAAUGUUAUCCUUCCACAUUUCUGAAUCAUUGAUUCAAUGGAGGGAGAGGCCUGUAGGAACUCCCCAGAACAAAACAAAGGGUUUCCUUCAUUUUUCCAUGGAUCACUGCGAAGGUUCAGGUAGGUAUUCAGAUAUUAGAUACUUAAAGGUAAAGGACCCCUGACAGUUAAGUCCAGUCGUGAACAAGACUGGACUGGUACCUAUUUAUCUACUUGCACUUUGAUGUGCUUUCGAACUGCUACGUUGGCAGGAGCAGGGACCGAGCAAUGAGAGCUCACCCCGUCACUGGGAUUCGAACCACUGACCUUCCAAUCAUAGUGGUUUAGACCACAGCACCACCCGCAUCCCUAUUAGAUACUUAGGCACUUAGAUAUUUCUAAGUACACCCCAUCAGUUCUGUUAAGAAACCGAGUUGGCACGAUGCCAUGUGCCUAGAAAGCUAUUCCAGCAAGGGAGCUUCGACAGAACCGCAGGUGGAAUUCAGGGGUUCAAAAGGCGACACAGAAAUGCGAAUCCCUUGACCAAGGGAUAUUGAUUGGCAUAGCUGGAGUAAAACUUUUUAUUUGCACAGCCAAUGCUCCAGGGAAUAGGUGGAAGAACCGACUGGUUCUUGUUCCCUCAGUUCAUAAUUUUUGCAAUCUUAAAUUUGAUUCUCCACAUUCCUGCAGCAAUUUGUGGGUCUUUUGUGUGUGUGUGUGUGUGUGUGUGUGUGUGUGUGUAAAAGAAAUCCUCACGAAAAUUCACCAACAUUUGACACAAAUUCCUCCCAACACACACACACACACACACACACACAUUUCUAGAUGUGAUUUUGACUGAUGUACACAUUUUUGCCAGCAGUUUUCCCUAACACAAUGCAUUUUGUGUGUGUGUGAUUUUUCUGAAUAAUGCUUUUUGUAGGGUGGGGUCAGGUAACGGGCACUGGGGUUGAGCUUAUGGAAUCAGCGUUGGUGGGCACCUACAAAAAGGUGGGUAAGUGCAAAUUUCAAAGGACAGCUGUGUUUCAGCCUGCAUAUUGUUUCAGAAAAGGUGACUGGUACAUUUGGCUUCAGCUGAGACCUGAAUCAAAUUGCUUACUCACUGAGCUCAGUAAUGAUGGGAGCUGGAGUGUGUCUGGCCUUUAAGACAGUCCUGAGGCCACACCCCUUCCCUAGCCACUCCCCUUCCCCUCUGUCUUUUCACCAUCCUUAGUGUUUCUCCUGGCUGGACUUUGUCCUUUCACUCUGAUCCUGCCUCUUCCUUGCCUGGAUGGAGGUUAGAGAGAAAUCUGGGCAAGCAGAGGUACAGCUAGGCUCCCCUGGGUGCCCCCCUCCUGAAAAAAAUCUCUUCUCCCACUUUGAUCUUGCCAUGACAGUGACGGUGCAUCACGACACACAUAUACAGUACACGCCAGCAGUUAGCCUUCAUACCGCCUUGCCGUUUCUAUUAUUAUCUUAUAUAUUUAUGUAUUAGAUUUAUAUACGGCACUUCGUCGCAAGAUCUCAGGGCAGUUCACAGGAGAAAACACAAGUAGAGAAUUAAAACAAUAAAAAGAAAACAAUAACCCCCCCACCCUUUCUCACAAACACAUUUAAAAGGCUGUAGAAUAUUAAUCAGCCCAAGGCUUGGCUGGGGAGAAAUGUUUUCACUUGGCGGCUAAAGAUAUACAGUGGUACCUCAGGUUACAUACACUUCAGGUUACAUACGCUUCAGGUUACAGACUCCGCUAACCCAGAAAUAGUGCUUCAGGUUAAGAACUUUGCUUCAGGAUGAGAACAGAAAUCGUGCUCCGGUCGCGCGGCAGCAGCGGGAGGCCCCAUUAGCUAAAGUGGUGCUUCAGGUUAAGAACAGACCUCCGGAAUGAAUUAAGUACUUAACCCGAGGUACCACUGUAUAAUGAAGGUGCCAGGCAUUUCACAAAUAGGGCGCCUCUGCAGAAAAGGCCUUAUUCUCCUACUGCUCAGCUCCCAGCUCUUGCCUAAACACACAACCUUACACAGAUCAGGAGCGCCGACUUGCCCCCCCCAAUUGAGGGGGUGUGGCCACGUGAUGCAUCACAUGACGCAGCACGUGAUGCCACCCAGCAUGUGCCAGGCAGGGGCAAGAUGCAUGGAGGGCAAUCUUCACACUUGUUGGUCCUAGCCGCCACCCAGCUCCCAAGCUCCCAGGUGGAUGCUGGGAUGAGCAAAGCAAAGAUCUCGCUCGCCUCAGCUGCUACCUGGCUCCUGGGCUGCUAGGGCUCACGGAGGGCGCCCUAUGGCGGGGUGGUGGUGGUAGCCCCCUAAAUAUUGGGGUGGUGCCCCCUGCCCCAAAGUAUUGGGAGAACUGAUGCCCCUUUUGCCCUCUAUUCCCGACAUCCCGAAACAGAUAGCUGGGAACAGAAUUGUGGGGUGAUUUUUUGAGCACACCACCCUAGUGGAAGGCAGUUUUGCCAACCCCUAGCUACGCCUCUGUGUGCGAGUGCAUGUAGAAACUAGCCUACUAGACAAAGGCAACAUUUUACACUUGUUGCCCUCCCUUCUUUGACCUCUGGUUCCACCCACAAGUGGAAGAUUCAUCCAGGGUGUAAUUCAGCCCUAAGGCCUGAUAAAUAAUCCCUUCUUCUCCUCCUCCUCUUCCUUCUUCUAAAAAGAAAUUUAUAUAUUGGGUUUUUCAGGUUGAAACUUUACAGUCACAUAUAUCCAACAUACAACAUAAAAAGUAGAUUCCAAUAUUAUCAAUAAUAAUAAUUUAUUAUUUAUACCCCGCCCAUCUGGCUGGGCUUCCCCAGCCACUCUGGGCGGCUUCCAACGAAAUAUUAAAAUACAGUAAUGCAUCAAACAUUAAAAGCUUCCCUAAAAAGGGCUGCCUUCAGAUGUCUUCUAAAAGUCUUCCAAGGAAUCUCUUGGACUCCUCCUCCUCCCCUUUGUGGGUCCUACUGUUAAUCGUUCUCUCCUGCAUCUUUUAUAAUAAUCCAGUUCUUUUAUCUCUCCAUUGUAUCCAAAAUUCACCAUUAAACUACAAGCGAUAUUCUGAUCCUACUAAUGGUUUUAACUACAAUGGUCUUUAAGAUAAUUUAUUAAAUUUUCCCCAUUCCUUCUUAAACUUUUGGUCUUCCUGAUUCUGAGCAAUGACCCCUAACCCUCUCUAUACAGAGUCAGCACCCAUGUUGGGCUGGGUGGAGGGAAACCUGGGUUCAUGAAGCUCACGGGGUAACCUUGGACCGUUGGCUUUCUCUUGGCCUCACCUGCCUUCCAGGACUGUUGGGAGAAUAAAGGCAGGGGAGAGCCGUGUCUGCUGCUCUGACUUCCUUGGAUGAAUGCAGAUUCAGAUGGGCUUAACUAGACAGUUUCACUAGGGUCGUGGACCUGCUGCAAUCAGGGCCGGAUUUAGGUUUGAUGAGGCCCUAAGCUACUGAAGGUAAUGGGGCCCUUUAUAUGUCCAGCUCUCCUUUGUCAGCAACAAAUUGUCACUGUUUUCUGUGUUGAAUAUAUGCUAUAUGGUAAUUUAUGGACCUAGUAGGUAUCUAAUACCAGUGAUAUUUUAGGGAGCAGGCCAGCAGGUGGGGCCCAUUACAGUGGUACCUCGGUUUACAAACUUCAUCCGUUCCGGAAGUCUGUUCUUAAACUGAAACCGUUCUUAAACUGAGGUGCGCUUUCCCUAAUGAGGCUUCCUGCCACUGCCACUGCCCUUCCACCGUUUGGAUUCCAUUCUUAGACCGAGGUAAAGUUCUCAAACCAGGAUACUACUUCCUUUUUUGCAGAGUACAUAAAGCGAAUCGUUCGUAAACAGGACUGUUCUUAAACCAAGGUACCACCGAGAGCCAGUGUGGUAUAGUGGUUAAGAGCGAUAGACUUGUAAUCUGGUGAACCAGGUUCGCUUCCCCGCUCCUCCACAUGCAGCUGCUGGGUGACCUUGGGCCAGUCACGCUUCUCUGAAGUCUCUCAGCCCCACUCACCUCACAGAGUGUUUGUUGUGGGGGAGGAAGGGAAAGGAGAAUGUUAGCCGCUUUGAGACUCCUUCGGGUAGUGAUAAAGCGGGAUAUCUAAUCCAAACUCCUCUUCUUCUUCUUCUGCUUACAUCAUAGGAGCCUACACAACACAAAACACUGUUGCUGUAUGUAGGUUUUAUUUUACAGUGGUACCUCUGGUUAUGAACUUGAUUCGUUCCGGAGGUCCAUUCUUAACCUGAAACCGUUCUUAACCUGAGGAACCACUUUAGCUAAUGGGGCCUCCCGCUGCCGCCACAUGAUUUCUGUUCUCAUCCUGAGGUAAAGUUCUUAACCCAAGGUACUACUUCUGGGUUAGCGGAGUCUGUAAUCCGAAGUGUUUGUAACCCGAGGUGUUUGUAACUCAAGGUACCACUGUAUUUGUUUUUUAUCUUAUAUUUUGGAAAUGUACAUCCAGGUUUUGUUUCCUUCAAUUUUUGGGGAGGGCCCCAAAAGCUAUAGCUUGUUUAGCUUAUACCUAAAUCCGGCACUGGCUGCAAUUUUUUGCCUCUUGCAGCAUCGCAACAACUGCCUGCCAAAUACCAAGCAGGUGAUAUGAUUGCACCAGCUGUUGCUCGGUCCGGUGACUGUGACAAUCACAGGAGAGAGGGUGGCUUUGGACACCAUGGAAGGAGAGGGUGGCCAGCUUGUCUUGCUUUGCAGAGGAUGUUCCUCUAAUUUCCAGGACUGGCAGUCCUCCAUUUGAAAGAGGUUCCGUCCAAGGCCAGCUCAUAGAACCCUAAGAAUGAGGCGGGAUUUUUUAGAGUCACCCAAUGAGAUUUUGCCACAUAGCAUGGCAAAUGUUUGCAAUUUUGUGAGGACAAAUUUUUCCCAUAAGAACUGCUUAGAGGUUUUGACAAUAAAAAAUAAUAUACAAAUUUUAAAAGCAAAUUUUUCAAAAUAAGAUUGACGUGCAUUUUAAUAGGCAGCUUUCCAUUUAAAAAUAACGUAUAUUUUGAACUGCUGGUUUUAUGUAUACAGUGGUGCCUCAGGUUAAGUACUUAAUUGGUUCCGGAAGUCCGUUCUUAACCUGAAGCGUUCUUAACCUGAAGCGGACUUUCCCAUUGAAAGUAACAGAAAGUGGAUUGAUCCGUUCCAGAUGCUGAAAAACACCCCCUAAAACAGCAAUUUAACAUGAAUUUUACUGUCUAACGAGACCAUUGAUACAUAAAAUGAAGGCACUAAUCAAUGUACUGUACUAUAAAAUAAAUAAGACAGUAUUUUAGAUGAAAAAAAUUAACAUUUUUUUUUCUUACAUGCACUGAUGAUAGUCAGUUUGGAUGGGGGGCUUUUAUCCAUUUCUGCAGUCACACAAUCAACCAGUAGCUAAACUGAGUUCCACACAGUCACAAAAAUGAAGUCACAAGCCACAGUCACAAAAGCGAAGUCACAAGUCUGUCCAUAAAAUGAAGAACAAGUCACAGUCAAAAAACCAAAAAAGCCACACAAACCAAAAUGCAAAAACAAACCUCCAAAUAUAACUUCUGUGUUGCAUGGGUGCUCGGGACUCAACAGCUGGCAGACUCAACAGGAAGCCUCUGAUUAGCAGCGAGGGACUCAAUUAACAAACGAAACACACCAAAACAGGAAUCAGACGAUGAAAAGUGACCCCUAAAACAGCGGUGUUACAUGAAUUUUACUAUCUAAUGAGGCCAUUGAUCCAUAAAAUGAAAUCAAUAAAACAGUACAAAAUGAGAAUGUGAUUCCCCCCCCCCUUACCUGCGCUGAAGAUAGUCAUUGUUUGGAGGGGGGCUCAGGGUCCUCUUCCACAAUCAUAAUCGGCUUGGCUUCCGGCAUUCGCGGAGACCUCAGAGAGCUCCCGCGGCUGGAGCCCGUGUGUGUGUGUGUGUGUGUGUGUGUACCACAAGAAGGGAGAACACAGCUGGAGUGGGCAGGCACACAAACCAGAAGCUCACAUGAGAUUUACAGUCGUACCUUGGUUCUCAAAUGGAAUCAAUCCAUUCAACUUCCAAAAAUGUUCGAAAACCAAGGCGCAGGAGCUUCCUGCAGCCAAUCGGAAGCUGCGGAAGCUGUGUCGGACAUUCGGCUUCCAAAAAACGUUCGCAAACCGGAACACUCACUUCUGGGUGUGCGGCGUUUGGGAGGCAAAACGUUCGAGUCUCAAGGCAUUCCAGAACCAAGGUACAACUGCAUUUCCAUUUAAAUUAUAAUAAAUGGGCCAGGUCUGAAGCUCAACAUCAAAAAAUCGAAGAUCAUGGCCACUGGUCCCUUCACCUCCUGGCAAAUGGAAGGGGAAGAAAUGGAGGCAGUGAGAAAUUUUACUUUCUUGGGCUCCAUGAUCACUGCAAAUGGUGACAGCAGUCACGAAAUUAAAAGACGCCUGCUCCUUGGGAGAAAAGCAAUGACAAACCUAGAUAGCAUCUUAAAAAGCAGAGACAUCACUUUGCCAACAAAGGUCCGUAUAGUUAAACCUAUGGUUUUCCCAGUAGUGAUGUAUGGAAGUGAGAGCUGGACCAUAAAGAAGGCUGAUCGCCGAAGAAUUGAUGCUUUUGAAUUACGGUGCUGGAGGAGACUCUUGAGUGUCCCAUGGACUGCAAGAAGAUCAAACCUAUCCAUUCUUAAGGAAAUCAGCCCUGAGUGCUCACUGGAAGGACAGAUUGUGAAGCUGAGGCUCCAAUACUUUGGCCACCUCAUGAGAAGAGAAGACUCCCUGGAAAAGGCCCUGAUGCUGGGAAAGAUGGAGGGCACAAGGAGAAGGGGACGACAGAGGAUGAGAUGGUUGGACAGUGUUCUCGAAGCUACCAGCAUGAGUUUGACCAAACUGUGGGAGGCAGUGGAAGACAGGAGUGCCUGGCGUGCUCUGGUCCAGGGGGUCAUGAAGAGUCGGACACAACCAAACGACUAAACAACAACAACAAAAUGGGCCAGGUUCUGCUAAUUGGUCCUAUUGGCGGAAACUCAAAUGAGGGGGUCUGCUAGAGCCACAAGGCUUUCCCCCACAUCUCUCCCCCCCAUGCCCCCCACCUCCCCAAAUUGUCUUGGAGGGGGUCGGCAGAACCCCACCCCCUUCAAAACAGAAUGGGUGGCUGGGAGAAAAGGGGAGAUACUGCCAUCAGGGAAUGCUGAAAUACUCACGCAGGUGAACAUUUCUAGCAACAUGAUGUUAAAUUCCUCCUGGCGCUUCUAAAGUCACAUCUAUAUGUAAAAGGGCUUGCCGAUCAGAAGGUCGGCGGUUCAAAUCCCCGUGACAGGGUGAGCUCCUGUUGCUCGGACCCUGCUCCUGCCAACCUAGCAGUUCGAAAGCACCUCAAAGUGCAAGUAGAUAAAUAGGUACCACUCCGGCGGGAAGGUAAACGGCGUUUCCAUGCGCUGCUCUGGUUCGCCAGUAGCGGCUUAGUCAUGCUGGCCACAUGACCCGGAAGCUGUACGCCGGCUCCCUCGGCCAGUAAAGCGAGAUGAGCGCCGCAACCCCAGAGUCAGCCACGACUGGACCUAAUGGUCAGGGGUCCCUUUACCUUUACCUUUAUUUUUGAUAAAUAAAAACAAAAUGAGGUCCUGGGUACGCAUAUGUUGAUGACUGUUGCAGUUGCCAGCACAUAAAGGCUGCCAUGGGCAGCAAAAAAAAAAAAAAAAAAGGAUUCUGGUACUCUGAACCAGUGAGCACUGCCACAAAAAAGCCCUGUAAAUCAGCACAGGUAAAUUUUACUCAAAUAGUUGUUGUCGUUUUGGUGAAGCAUUUAUUAUUUCCUGGUGACGUAUAACUCUUGGCUGUUGUGAGCCAACUUUUUCUUUUUUAAAAAAAACAAACAAACCCUUACCUGCAUCCCAGGAUUUUCUCCCAUUAUUGGGUGUUCCCUUAUCUCCCCUUUUAAAGCAAGAUGCUUGAGAGAGUGAUCUCUGUCCAAAGCAGGAUUUCCUGAGUGACAGUUUAUCUAACCCCUUUUCAGCCUGGCUCAUAGCCCAGAUUGGGGAUCAAAGCUGUGUUGGUCACUCUUGUCGGCCAUCUUAGCUGGGAGGAAAAGCAAAUGCAGUCCUGUUUUAUCUUCCCGGACCUCUCAGCAACUUUUACCAAUGAUUCCCUUUAUAGCCCACCUUUCCUUCAGUGGUUCUCCCACUCCCCAUUUUAUUCUUACAGCAACACCAUGAAGAUGAAGCUUAAUGCCCGCAGUGGAUGCACAUCUUCCAAGAGUCCCGGGGAGAAAGGGACCUCCAGUUUUUUUACGCGAGAUCUCGGCGGCCAUUUUGGGUGCCUCAAUUUCACACACUGUUCUGCUGCACUCUUGGUCCCCCCCAUAAAAAAAAGUGGGAGCAAGGUGUGGGUCAUGUGACUCGUCUAGGAACACAUCCAGGAAGAUGGGUGUCCCAGUUUUGGGUCAGAAAAAAUCGGACACAAACAAGAUGGAGGUACCGUUGUCAGCAGGGAAAAUUGAUCAGACUGAGAAACUUGGAGGUACCAGGAAAUUCGGCCUUGGGUGUGGAUUUUGCUGGUAAAAUAACGUGAGGAGUUCUCUGCCAAAGGCAGAACAUAAGAAGACCUCUGCCAAAGGCAUACCCUCCAACAUUUCUCCGAUGAAAAUAGGGGUAUCCUAUCCUAUUAUUAUUAUUAUUAUUAUUAUUAUUAUCACAGUGGUACCUUGGUUUUUGAACGUCUCCAUUGACAAACAUUUCGGUUUUCCAACGCCAUAAACCUGGAAGUAAAUGCUUCAUUUUUCGAACACGCUUUGCGGCUUCCGUAUUGAGUUUUCCGUAUUGCAUUGAGGCUUCCAUAUUGAGUCUUCUGUAUUGUAUUAAGGCUUCUGUAUUGAGUUUUCAGUUUUCAACAUCUCACAACUCCAGCGAUCUUCUAGAACAGAUUACGUUUGAAAACCGAGGUACCACUGUAGUAUUAUCAUUAUCAUCAUUAUUAUUAUUAUUAUUCAAUUUAUACUCUGCCCAUCUGACUGGGUUGCCCCAGACAUUCUGGGCAGCUUCCAACAUAUAUAAAAACAUAAUAAAACAUUAAACAUUAACAAACAGGGCUGCCUUCAGAUGUCUUCUAAAGGUUUUAUAGUUAUCUCCUUGGCUUGGGGGCCUCAUAACUCCAUACCCUCCAACAUUUCUCCGAUGAAAAUAGGAAAGUCCUGAGGAAAAGCGGAACGUUCUGGGAUCAAAGCAGAAACUGGGAUGGCCUCUGUAAAUUCAGGACUGUCCCUGGAAAAUGGGGGCACUUGGAGGGUCUGCAAAGGCGCAUCUACUCCAGCAUCCUCUUCUCAUUUUGGCCUCCCAGAUGCCUCUUGGGGCCAUAGCUGUCAACGUUCCCUUUUUUGAAGGGAAAUUCCCUUAUUCCGAAUAGGAUUCCUAUGCUUGGGGCACCUGCAGAAAAUGGCUGCCUCCACUACCACCCUCUGCAAAGAUUUUCAUUUUUCAAACCCACCUCACACACCUGAUGCUUCCUUUUAUGAGGGGGACAGGAUGGCUCUACAAAAAUGUACGGGGGGCAUAUUCAGCCCUGCUGUAGUUCAAACACCCCAAUAGUUUGGGUGUUGCUUGGCUCGGUCGGUAACCUGAGGUGUCUGCCCAGCUGUGGGAGUCACUUGGCUUGGGCAAUAAGAUGUCACAAGCCUUUGUUGCUUUUAGGCCCAAAAUAAUGAGGGUUAUGAGAAGUGGCUAAUUAGUCGUGCCCACAUAAAAAACAAACUGAAAUAGUCACUCCUUUGGCACAAAUUUUAUUCCUCUCAGUUCACAUACAACGCCCUUCACCCAUUUCCCCAAAACUUAGUCUCCUCACAGUCUUCAUGAAGCCCCUCCAUGCUGACUCGAGGGACCCACUCAAGAGGAAUCUCCCUCGAUCCCCAAGUCCAAGCCUUGAGCUCUUCCAGUCUGUGCUUUGGGUCGUUGAGAACAUAUUGACUGGGGCUGAUGGGACUGUGGGCAUACGUUCUGACAUUUUGUGCCCCAAAUCUAGCCUCUUCCCCCUCCACAAGGCCUGCAGAGGCACUCUGGUGUGUCCCGUUGAGAGGGCCAUCGCGCCAUCCCAAUAGUCAAUGGGAUGUGACAGGGCAAAAGGGGCUUCAUCCUGGCAAGUCCCUGGCAAUGUCAGAGCGAUCCCAGAAGGCGCUCUGACACUCGUCAGCAGGAUCGGGCGCAACCCUGCUGACUCGCGCCAGGGUGCCAGUCUUAAACACGGAAUUCUGGGAUCCAAACAGAAGCUUCUUUUUUCUGGGAUGUCCCGGUUAAAAUGAGACAGUUGGGGGGGGGGGCUUAUGGCUGUGGGUGGUCCCAGGUUGGCAAAGGCUAUAAAAAAGUAAAGGGACCCCUGACCAUUAGGUCCAGUCGUGACCGACUCUGGGGUUGCGACGCUCAUCUGGCUUUAUUGGCUGAGGGAGCCGGUGUACAGCUUCCAGGUCAUGUGGCCAGCAUGACUAAGCCGCUUCUGGCGAACCAGAGCAGUGCACGGAAACGCCGUUUACCUUCCCGCUGGAGCGGUGCCUAUUUAUCUACUUGCACUUUGACGUGCUUUCAAACUGCUAGGUUGGCAGGAGCAGGGACCGAGCAACGGGAGCUCACCCCGUUGCAGGGAUUUGAACCGCCGGUCUUCUGAUCAGCAAGUCCUAGGCUCUGUGGUUUAACCCACAGCACCACCCGUGUCCCAAGUAUACUAAGACAUAAAUAAUCUUGUGGGAAUUAUAGGGACAGAACUACCUAAACGGUAUAGAAAUUUAUUUACAUAUGCAACUACAGCGGCAAGAAUGCCUACUCGCCCCGAAAUGGAAAGAAGCAGAAGUCCCAGCAAAGGAAGAAUGGACACAGAAACUUGUGGAAUACGCAGAAAUGGCGAAACUUAACCGGAAGAAUAAGAACUCAAGAUAACAAACUUUUUAAAUAAAAGAAUGGAAAUGGUUUAUUGAAUAUUUGCAGAUAAAUUGCAAACAGAUAAAAACAUCGGCAGGAUUAUUGCAAUAACCUGCAGUUUCACAAGUGUAUAUAUAUAUAUGUAAAGUAGAUAAUAAAAUGAGCAAAUUAAAUGAAUUUGGAUAUGAAGAUAUUUUAAAAAAAUAAAUUUAAAGAACCCCCGAAAGAGGGGGAAGGAAGUCAAGCUUUGAAACGUUAAAAUGAUUGCAAAACUAAUGAAACGUAUAAAUUUGAAAACUAUAAAUAAAAACCAUUUUAAAAGACAUAAAUAAUUCACACCCGUGCAUACUUAAAUCACUGUCCGUACCAAAACUCGAGAUGAGCGUGGAAACUCUGGCAAACCGUGACGGUUUCACAAGACGGGGAGAUGUGUUCUGCGCAUUGUUAAUUAAAAGCAGCUUAAAAUAGCACAGAAGAAAAGCAGAAGUUGUAAAACAAUCCAGAACAUGCCAAAAAAAAAAAAAAAAUUUGCUUGAGGUUGGCAAAAAAAUAUCUCCAAGGCUCAUGUGAUGCACACCUACUGAGGGAGGGUGUCUCAUCACAUGCUUGGCCAUGGCAGAACUCAACACCAAGAUGAAAAGGGUGUGUCUGGUACAAUAAACUAAUCUCCACCCACUGUCAGCUCGAAGACACCGAUGUGACAGAGGACUGCCGCUGCAAUAUAUAGGGCUGUCGUGAUUCAGCUCCAGCCCGUGUAGCAACAGAUCUGUGCCUGGCGUUUUUUGCAGCUCCUCAAGAGGUGUCAUUUUCUACCCGUCUACCUUCCAGUUGCCUCCGUUGUGAAUAUUUCGGGACUAUGGCCGGGAGAGCUGCCGCUGCCUUGCUUCUCACAGCAUCCAUCUUACAAAUAGGUAAGAAGAGAUGGGAGGUGGAACGCCACUUGGACCAGACUUGCACACCCGACCGCAGCUGUCGGCAUAGCUUAUUUCCAGUGAGGGUCUAUGAACUGCAAGGUCGGCAGGUGGCUUAGGCUGUGGUUGUGCACACCUGCGGUAGGGGAACCCCAAAGGCCUCUCUAACUGGUCCCCUUCCCAGACCACAGCUUGGUUCUCACUAACCCUGGUUCUCACUCUCCUGGAGUGGCUGGGCUCCAUCUCUAAGCUCCAAUAAUGCUUUCCGCUUGCCUGGAUGGGGAUAUGAGAGUGUGCAGAAACUAGCUUACUGCACAAUAAUGGUUCAGUUUUGGCAAAAAAUUCCCACAUCGCAGUGGGUUGGACUAGAUGAUCAUUGUGGUCUCUUCCAACUCUACAGUCGUAUGAAUGUAUAAAUCUAUGAAUUUACCGUAUUUUUUGCUCUGUAAGACUCACUUUUUCCCUCCUAAAAAGUAAGGGGAAAUGUGUGUGCGUCUUAUGGAGCGAAUGCAGGCUGCGCAGCUAUCCCAGAAGCCAGAACAGCAAGAGGGGUCGCUGCUUUCGCUGUGCAGCAAUCUCUCUUGCUGUUCUGGCUUCGGGGAUUCAGAAUAUUUUUUUUCUUGUUUUCCUCCUCCAAAAACUAGGUGUGUCUUGUGGUCUGGUGCGUCUUAUAGAGCGAAAAAUACAGUACAUUUGUUGCUCAGCCCACUUUAAAAAAACAAUUUAUUUGAUUUUUCAACUUAAAAUUUGCAGAGACAAAGCAAACAUAAAUCAUAAAGCAAGAUUCCAAAGAAUCUCCAGGACUUCCAUCUUCCCCUAUGUGGGUCCUAUUAUUAAUCAGUUCCUCCCGCAUCUUUUAUGACAAUCCAAACCCUUUACUUCUUCCUUUAUGCUCAGAAUCAACCUUAAACUACAAGUGAUAUUCCAAUCCUACUAACGAUUUUAACUGUUCACAGUAGUCUUUAAGAUAACUUAUAAAUUUCCCCAUCCCUUGUUAAAAUUUUGGUCUUCCUGAUUUCUGACUCUUCCAGUCAUUUUAGCCAUUUCAGCAUAGUCCAUCAACUUCAUUUGCCAUUCUUCUCUGGUAGGAACUUUACAUUAUUUCCAUCUUUCGGACCAGUAACAUCUGUGCAGCCCGUGGUCGCAUACAUAAAUAGUCUUUUCUGCUCCUUUGGGAUUUUGGUAUCUAAGUCCACUUUGGCCUCUGGCCAUGGUCAACCACAAGCAUGUCUUCCAUCACCCCUCCAAGUCAUUGCAAACAUCCAAAGGACCUAUUGAAAAUGUGUGCAGGGAUAUUUCUCCCUGGAGAUCUGGUGUAAGAGAGUCCUUGAACUGCUGCCUGACUGGAGUGAGUCUGCUGCUUCCCUCUCCUUAAAAGAGGAUGGGACAAAUUUAUGGAGGACACGGCUAUUGAUGGCUACUUGCCAUGAUGGCUGUGCUCUGAAUGCUUCUGAAUAGCAGUUUCUGGAAAUAUAAUAAUAAUAAUAAUAAUAAUAAUAAUAAUAAUAAUAAUAAUUUAUUUAUACCCCGCCCAUCUGGCUGAGUUUCCCCAGCCACUCUGGGUGGCUCCCAAUUGAGUGUUAACAGAGUAUUAAAAUACAAUAGUCUAUUAAACAUUAAAAGCUUCCCUAAACAGGGCUGCCUUCAGAUGUCUUCUAAAAGUAUGGUAGUUGUUUAUUUCCUUGACAUCUGAUGGGAGGGUGUUCCACAGGGCGGGCGCCACUACCGAGAAGGCCCUCUGCCUGGUUCCCGGUAACCUCACUUCUCGCAAUGAGGGAACCGCCAGAAGGCCCUCGGCGAUGGAUCUCAGUGUCCGGGCAGAAUGAUGAGGGUGGAGGCGCUCCUUCAGGUAUACUGGACUGAGGCCGUUUAGGGCUUAAAAGCUCAGCACCAACACUUUGAAUUGUGCUCGGAAACAUACUGGGAGCCAGUGUAGGUCUUUCAAGACCGGUGUUAUGUGGUCUCGGCGGCUGCUCCCAGUCACCAGUCUAGCUGCUGCAUUCUGGAUUAAUUGCAGUUUCCGGGUCACCUUCAAAGGUAGCCCCACAUAGAGCGCAUUGCAGUAGUCCAAGCGGGAGAUAACUAGAGCAUGCACCACUCUGGCAAAACAAUCCACGGGCAGACAGGGUCUCAGCCUGUGUAUUAGAUGGAGCUGGUAGACAGCUGCCCUGGACACAGAAUUGAGGUUCUGCUUUCUGGCUUCCAAUGGGCCACUGUCAGAAAAGGAUACUGGACGAAGAUGAGCCUCUGGCCUGAUCCAGCAGCCUCUUCUUAUGUUCUGCUCAUUUUGUAUGAUAAAGCGGCUAUAACAUGAAUGCUAGAAGCUUCAGGCAAGAGAGGGGAGAUUUGCGCUUUCCCUGCCUUCCACUUUUUCAAUUGCAACGCUCCUCUAGCUGACCUCACCACCAGCCUCUUGGGGAGGGUGACAAACACACACACACACCAAGCUUUGCCGAAAGAAAGAAAACGCAUCACCCCAGAUAAAGACAUAUAUUUGCACAAAAUGAUCAUUAGCAAAUGCAAAUUUAGAAAUACCCCUGGUCCUGCUAGCUAGGGUUGAUAGGAAGUGCAGUCCAACGACAGCUGGGGACCCAAGAUGGAGAAACACUGAAAACGGAAUUAGAUUGUGGGCAUGUCACCAGCUAUAAUAAUAAUAAUAAUUUAUUAUUUAUACUCCGCCCAUCUGGCUGGGUUUCCCCAGCCACUCUGGGCGGCUUCCAACACAAUAUUAAAAUACAGUAAUGCAUCAAACAUUAAAAGCUUCCCUAAACAGGGCUACCCUCAGAUGUCUUCUAAAUGUCAGGUAGUUGUUUUUCUCUUUGACAUCUGGUGGGAGGGCGUUCCACAGGGCGGGUGCCACUACCGAGAAGGCCCUCUGUCUGGUUCCCUGUAGCCUCACUUCUCACAAUGAGGGAACCGCCAGAAGGCCCUCAACGCUGGACUUCAGUGUCCGGGCAGAAUGAUGGGGGUGGAGACGCUCCUUCAGAUAUACUGGACUAAGGCCGUUUAGGGCUUGAAAGAUCAGCACCAAUGCUUUGAAUUGUGCUCGGAAAUGUACUGGGAGCCAGUGUAGGUCUUUCAAGACCAGUGUUAUGUGGUCUUGGUGGCCGCUCCCAGUCACCAGUCUAGCUGCUGCAUUCUGGAUUAGUUGUAGUUUCACCUUCAAAGGUAGCCCCACAUAGAGCGCAUUGCAGUAGCUACAGGGGGCUGAGGGGUCUUGGGAUCCCCUCAAUAUCUGGGGGCAAGGAGCCAGGUCUCCUGAACGUUGAGGGGGUGGAGGAGGUCAGGUCUCCUCCCAACGACUGGCUUUCCAAUGUGGGAAGAUUAAAAGUGCACUGUGUUCCUCAGCAAGAACGCGCCGGGGGGCUGGAUCUUCAGCACUCUGACUCUGCCUUCUAAGGAACCCCAAGUGCCUUUCCUGUGCCCCCUACCUUGAGAGAGAGGGAGAGAUAAAGAGAAGGGGUUUUUUUAGAAGCUAGGUAGCUUCAAAGAACAAGCCCUUCAGCCCAGACCUAUCCAAAUUGCACAACCACAAGGAAGUCGCCAAAAAAAGAACCGGCAGGCAGGCAGGCGUCAAGGUGAGGUGAGUGGCAGGGCGAUUUAACUCCCCAGGGAGUUUUCAGAGCACAGGAAUCCUGCUUAAGCACUCCUUCAAGUGCAAAAGAAAACCAAGGUGUGUACAUGUGAGGUCAGCCGAAGUCAUUCCCAAGGGCCCCACCCGUGAAAUCUGUGUAGUCAGGUUUCAAGUACGAAAAGAGCUGAGGUUGCUUCUCCCGGGCACACAAUCCAGUAAUCGGGGUGAAUGGGAGACCCCAAAUCUAGCAGGGAGGAGGACCUGGGGUGACCUUCAGUUUUUAUUUGUACAGCCUCUGCACAAAUGGGGGGCGUUUGAACUUGAAGAGCUCCUGAGUGGGGCUAAAGAACACAACACGGUUGAUCUCUCUUCAUUUGUAAUAAUAAUAAUAAUAAUAAUAAUAAUAAUAAUAAUAAUUUAUUAUUUGUACCCCGCCCAUCUGGCUGGGUUUCCCCAGCCACUCUGGGCGGCUUCCAACAAAGAUUAAAAAUACAUUAAAAUGUCACACAUUAAAAACUUCCCUGAACAGGGCUGCCUUCAGGUGUCUUCUAAAAGUCAGGUAGUUGCUUUUCUCUUUGACAUCUGCUGGAAGGGUGUUCCACAGGGCGGGUGCCACUACCAAGAAGGCCCUCUGCCUGGUUCCCUGUAGCUUCGCUUCUCACAGUGAGGGAACCGCCAGAAGGCCCUCGGUGCUGGACCUCAGUGUCCGGGCAGAACGAUGGGGGUGGAGACGCUCCUUCAGGUAUACUGGGCCAAGGCCGUUUGUACCCAAAUAAAGGCCUAAAUGGGGGUGAAGGGAGAGACCUGUUGGGUCCCUGGAUCAGAUCAGAUUCUGUCUCUAUCAUCUUGUUUGCCACAAUGGCCAAACAGGAGCUUCUGGGAAAACCAAGAAGGAGGCUUUGAUUUAUUUGUUUGCCGUUAUGAGCCUUACAGAAUUACAGUCCCCCCAAUAUUAAAAUCUGUGGUACGGAUGUGUCUGUAGAGGCUUGAGACUUCCUCUCUGGGCAGAACCCGAGGAAAAACCUAAAGGGGAAGCAGUUUGGGAUGGUCAGCGCUUUGAGCUCAGCGCCACGUUUCACUUCUUCAUGUCACAAAAUGCAUCUGCCGCUCGAUGGCGAAAAGAACCUCGAAGCGGUUUGCAAGCUCGCAUCUCUGUGCAGAUCAAACCAAGCAUUGCAAAGGCAGGAGCGCCCGCUCAGACGACCUUUGUUCUAAGGAGCCCAGGCCAUAGCUGUCAACUUACAGAUUUGAAAAUAAGGGACCAGCAGCCUCGGAAAUUAGGGAUCAGCAGCCAAAAUAAGGGAUUUUAGUCAACCAGCUGAAAUACGAAGCUAAAAGGGAGCAGAUAAUUUGGGAGAGCAGCGCCGGUUUUUAGCCCUUCGUUUCCAGAGGUUGCUGCUCAAGACACCAGCCGAUGAAACACUGCAAUUAAAUAACUACAAGCAGCAACCACUUUUUGCGCAAAACGAAGUCCAAGCUAUGAAGAUGCUGUUGCAGUUCUGUAUCUUUUCUCUCGUGCUCCAUCUGCAGCUCUCAGUUCCAUCAGGCGGGGCGGGAGGAAGGGGGGGGGGAAAUAGCGCCCGAAGUAAACCUGCAGAUCAGACCAUCUAUGCUAGUCUACCACUACAAAUCUAUGGGAGAAGCGCUUGUGGUCCUUCCUCCGCUUUCCCCCUCUAUGGUUAGCCCUUAGAACACCUGCCUGCGCCUCCGCCUCCUUCUCCUCUCUCUGAACUGCUUUCUCUAUGGUUGCCCUCGCUCUCCUCUCAAGGCUCCGCAGUCCUGGCGGGAAGGGGCUCCCGGGGGCCGAGGCUGGUGAGAGGAGGCCGGGGGGGGGGGGCGGGCAGCCAAGCAACACAGUUGGAGCCUUCCUCCUCCCUGGCUGGCAGGGAGGAAGGGAGAGGAGCUUCUUCCUUUGAAACCCGGGAAAUUUAAGGGACAUCAUCAAUAAGGGACAGCAGCGGGACACGGCGCUGGGAUAAGGGACUUUCCCACCAAAUAAGGGACACUUGACAGCUAUGGCCCAGACCCUGAGGGCAUGUGCUGGGACCAUGGAGGUUUCUCCGCACUUGGAAGGCAGGGUCUGCGUGUCACGGCAUGAUUCUCCCUUUUCCCUCACUGUAGCCCUGGGCCAAAACAUCACGGAGCCGAGAACAGUGCUCCAUUGCUUCAAAUGCGACUUCGACCAACCCUGCUCAGAGGCGAGUGUGACCUGCAAUGAAGGCGAGAGCUGCAGUACCAUCAGAGGGCAUUCAGGUUGGUGCCACUGUCCCAGGGAUGGGCUUCCCUCCCUCCAGCCUCCAGUCAGGAAGUUGUGUGCAGCCAUGGCCUGCCCGGAGGUGGCGUGGGGCUUCAUGGGUACCCUGCAGGCCGGACCGAGUGUCUACUCCAGUCGGCAGGCUGGCAGGAGGCAGGCGAGAGGCAUGGCCACCGCCCAGGCAUGUCCUGGCAGGCCCUCUCCCCGGUUCCUUGCCCUUCCCUGCCUGCUGCCGGGGGUCUCUGGGUCCCAGAGUCUGGCCUGGCCUUGCUGUCCCUGGCAGGAGCCAGCAACAGCGGAGGUGCUUGCUUUUUCGCUCAGCAUGCUGCUAUCCCCACACAGUUGCGGAAGCAGAUCAGGCCCAUGGUGAAUGGGCAAGGAUGGAGGGAGGCGGGCAAGGGGCGAUCCCAGUGCAGCCUCUCUGCGGGCAUCGGGGGAAUUCACCCGUCACUGGCCGCAUUGGCCGAUUGAACUCUGCCGUGUGUGGGCGGGCAUUUAAGCAGCGCUGUGCAGCCCCACCUGGCUCCAGAGGAGGGAUCGCUUCAGCAGUGUCUGUGGUUUGCCUGCCCCGGGCGCUGGCAGUCCACGCUAUGCCACUGUGUUCCCUAAUAACUACCAUACAGUAUAUAUACUGCCUCUGCUUCUGGAGGUCAUAGAGAGAGAGCUGUCAUGUGUCUAAAUCCCCCUUUCCAAGCCAGCCUCUGUGAAAUCCCUUUUUAAAGAUGGGGAUUAGGCGAGACCUGUGCUUGCAUUCUGGGUGCAGUGCAAUGAUCUCAUUCCCCCUCGGGCUUCGUCUCUUAUGGCAACAUUUCUGGCUUAGCAUGCCUACGCUCUCCCAUUAAAAUCAGGAGUAUCUAUCAGCCCCGGUACGUCCUGCCGAUUCUCAACCUCUGUAGGAACAUAUGUACAGUGGAACCUCGGGUUAAGUACUUAAUUCAUUCUGGAGGUCUGUUCUUAACCUGAAACUGUUCUUAACCUGAAGCACCACUUUAGCUAAUGGGGACUCCUGCUGCUGCCGUGCUGCCGGAGCAUGAUUUCUGUUCUCAUCCUGAAGCACUAUUUCUGGGUUAGCGGAGUCUGUAACCUGAAGUGUAUGUAACCUGAAGCGUAUGUAACCCGAGGUACCACUGUACUGUGUUAUAUUGAGUUGGACAACUGGUCCAUCUAGCUCAGCACUGUCUAAACGGACCGGCACCAGCUUUCUGGGAUUUCGGGCAGAACUCUCCCCCAGCCCUACCUGGAGACGCCGGGGAUUGAACCCGGAGCCUUCCACUUGCAAGGCAGACCCUCAGCCGCUGAGCUGCGGCCCUUGUAACUUUGCACCCGCUUGCUCCUUGCAGAUUAUAAAGUCCACGAAUCCAUCUACGGGAAGGGCUGCGUCUCUGUCAGGAAGUGCAAUGGCUUAGACAGAAUCAGCUACUCCAACAACCCUUUCCGCGUCACCUACUCCUGCUGCAACACCGACUACUGCAACGGCGGCUACUCCGGGGCACCCCGCCUCCCCUUGGUCUGCGUGGCCACCAUCCUGACCAUGCUGCUUGCCUACCUCUUGUGAGACCCAGAACAUGCCCGCCCUGUAAGGAAACUUACCCGCUCCCCACAGUGACCAUCUCCCCUUGCUCAUGUCUCCUUCCGUCUCCAAAACAGCCAAGGCCCUGUUUCUCAUAAUGGACACAAUUUUGUAUCUACAAUGUCACUCCCGGUUUAUAUUUCUGUCUUUACCUUCUGGCCCACAAAUUAGCCCUCUAAACAAACCAAUUUGUUUAUUAUCUCCAUACCAGAAGUGAUCUGUCAAGUUUCCUACAGAUGCAGGAAACUGCUGCUCAUCUGCCCCACUUCUGUCUCCAGUGACUGGCCGUGGCUCCGUAGAGCUUCUGACAGCAGGUCCCUAUCGUAUUUAUUUUAUUUAUUGACAAGAGAUAAAAGCCGCUUCACGACCAGUUAUAACACGAUGAGUUAUGGCCGCUUCCCAAACAUUGCCAUGGCAGUGUGUUGGUUGGGUGGCGCCCCCUGGUGUGCGGUUCCUGAAGUGCUGCAAAUCACACAAGUGUCCGUCCGUCCUUUUGUCUGGGAUUUGCGAGCUACUUUUGCCCAUACAAAAGAUUUUGGGGAAACUUCUUAGAACCUCACAAGGUGAUCAGAUUUCAUGACAUAGCACAGUAGUUAAGGCUGCAAUCCCAGGCAUGCCUUCUUGAAAGCAAACCCCAUUCAAUUCAUUGGGACUUUCUUUCGAAUAAACAUGUGUUGGAUCAGGCUGAAAGCGCAUGAGCCCCAGGCCGUAAAACUUUCUGGUUCAAAUGUGGCUUCAGCUAGGAACGCAGAAUGAGGAACUCGGAAUAACCAGGUCCCUAUUCUCUAGCACUCUCUGACUGGCACCAUCUCCAGGGGCCCCCAGGGGCCCCCAGGGGCUUGGGCACCCACACUUUUUUUGCUGUGGGUGCCAGGCCUCCACCCCCUGCCAUGACUGCUGCCUCUGUGGCCGCCUCUGUGCACCACCUGCCAUGGCGGUGACAGGGCCUGAGCACUAGAGGUAAGGCAGUAGGUGGUUGUGAGAGAUGGCACGUGGAGGCAGAGGCCCCGAUCCAGUCACUGCCGCAGCACCAGAACACGUGCACUGUGCUAUCAUGACAGCAUGGCACAGUGCACGUGUUCCGGCCUCACGUCACAUCACAACCUCAUUAUGGCACUGCAGGGCGCACGCCAACAUUGGACAGCCACAAUGUGGGGCCCAAUGUCGGUGCCCCUGCUAAAUGGCAACAUGGAAAUGAUAAUAACACCGACCUCCUUCACAGGGGGUACUGCUCUUUGAACCUCUGAAAAUGGAAGUGUUUAAAGAGCAGUCGGGGCUGUUUGCAAAAGGGCUUUCAAACAGCCUCACACCUGAGCUUUGACUGUGUGUUCCUGUUCCCAGCAGAAGAACAGGAAUGUCUCACCAAACCUAACCCCCACUGGUCGGUUGAUGAGCAGGGACUAAAUCCUGCUCAGUUUGACUGCACCUACAAGUGCUCAGCUGUGAAACCGGUCCGUGCAGUCAACGCAGGAUCAAACCAUGUCCCAUCAGCUGGCGUCACCCCCUCAUUGGAGGGGAAGGUAGGCAUGGUUUCCUUAAAAUAGCCUCAUGGGCCAAAUUCCCCUCCCUAACAGGCCAGGACUGGCCCAUGAACUGGAGGUUACCCACCCCUGGUUUAAACACAGACUACUUCAUAGCCUAUAUUGCAGGCUCUCACCAGCACAACCAUGCAAGGGAGAUCUUUAUCCUUCCCAGAUUGCAACCCUGCACAAGCUCUUAGACAUGUCUGGAGCUUUCAAGAAAGAAAACCUUUCUCAAAAUUGUUGUGCAUAUGUCUGCACCACUAGCCUUCAAAAAUACCAUUAUUAUAAUACUGUAGAAACAACGUCUCUUAUGAACAGAGUGCUGGUGCACUAAAAAGACCAUGUAUGUUUCUGUUUGUCUAUCUACAAUUCCCAAUUAAAACAUUAAAAAUGUUCCUUG